AUGAUUCUGACUAAGAUGUUAGUGUACCGAGGGCCCGAUGGGGGCACGCGCUCUGAGACGUUUCAGAACACGCGGCGACAUAAGAAGUCGUGCGGGGAGCUCUUCCAGAACUGCUACAGGGUCAAGAUGGACCAACAACAGCAGGCCGUGGAGAAAGAGGACCGGGACAACCUGUGUCUUCCUGCUUCCAUUUCAUCUCCUACUGGGGUAAGACCUGCUUCCAUUUCAUAUCCUACUGGGGUAAGACCUGCUUCCAUUUAAUCUCCUACUGGGGUAAGACCUGCUUCCAUUUAAUCUCCUACUGGGGUAAAACCUGCUUCCAUUUAAUCUCCUACUGGGUUAAGACCUGCUUCCAUUUAAUCUACUACUGGGGUAAAACCUGCUUCCAUUUAAUCUCCUACUGGGGUAAGACCUGCUUCCAUUUCAUAUCCUACUGGGGUAAGACCUGCUUCCAUUUCAUCUCCUACUGGGGUAAGACCUGCUUCCAUUUAAUCUUCUACUGUGGUAAGACCUGAAUCCAUUUAUAUCCGACCUGGUAAGACUGCUUCCAUUUCAUUCAUCUCCUAUCUGGGUAAGACCGAUCGUCCUUUCCUCUCCACUGGGUACAACCUGCUUCCAUUAAUCUCGAAUGGGUAAGACUGCAGCCAUUUAUAGCCGACUGGGGUAAACCUGCGUCCCAUUUAAUCUCCUAACUGGGGUAGACCUGCUUCCAUUUAAUCUCCUACUCUUGGGGUAAACACCUGCUUCCAUUUAAUAUCCUACUGGGUAAAGACCCUGCGUCCUUUCAUCUCCUAACUGGGGGAGACCUGCUUGCUUUUCCAUUUCAUCUCCUACUGGGUAAGACCUUAAACCUGGCUGACAAGGUAGUAAUUAUUAUAAAGGAAUCUAAUUAAACCCAGAGGCUGUUUUGCUGUUCCUGGUCCAAAACCCUGCUCCACGCCGCGGCCGGCUAACAUGUCACUGGAGAGAGAGAGAGAGGAGAGUGAGAGAGAGAGAUAGGAUAGAGAGAGAGGAAAGAGAGAGAGAGAGCAAGAGAGAGAGAGGAGCAUGGAGAGAGAGAGAGAGCGAGAGAGAGAGCGCAGAUAGCGCGAGCGAGAAAGCAGAGAGAGAGAGAGCGCCCCUCGCGCGCGUCUCGCGCAAGUUGCCUCUCCCUACAGCGCUAAACCUCGCGGCUCUACGAGCUCGCGCUCGCUCUAGCGAGAGAGAACAAAGACAUAGACCUACGACAGAGAUAUGAUUAGAGUAGAGGAGAGAUAAGAGAUAGAGUAGGGGGUGAGAUAGAUAGAGCUCAGUCAGGAUUUGUAUUGUAACCUUUGUUUGUUCCAUCUUGAGCUGGAACGCUUCUGUAAACAUCAAUAUCAAACGGACAUUUGCGGAAGUGAGACACUGAAUGGUUUAUAUGUUGUACAGUCGUGGUCAAACGUUUUGAGAAUGACACAAGUAUUGGUCUUCACAAAGUUCGCUGCUUCAGUGUUAUGAGAUAUUUUUGUCAGAUGUUACUAUGGUAUACUGAAGUAUAAUUACAAGCAUUCCAUAAGUGUCAAAGGCUUUUAUUGACAAUUACAUUAAGUUUAUUCAAAGAGUCAAUAUUUGCAGUGUUGACCCUUCUUUUUUAAGACCUCUGCAAUCCGCCCUGGCAUGCUGUCAAUUAACUUCUGGGCCACAUCCUGACUGAUGGCAGCCCAUUCUUGCAUAAUCAAUGCUUGGAGUUUGUCAGAAUUUGUGGGUUUUUGUUUGUCCACCCGCCUCUUGAGGAUCGACCACAAGUUCUCAAUGGGAUUAAGGUCUGGGGAGUUUCCUGGCCAUGGACCAAAAUGUCGAUGUUUUGUUCCCCGAGCCACUUAGUUAUCACUUUUGCCUUAUGGCAAGGUGCUCCACCAUGCUGGAAAAGGCAUUGGUCGUCACCAAACUUUUCUUGGAUGGUUGGGAGAAGUUGCUCUCGGAGGAUGUGUUGGUACCAUUCUUUAUUCAUGGCUGUGUUCUUAGGCAAAUUGUGAGUGAGCCCACUCCCUUGGCUGAGAAGCAACCCCACACAUGAAUGGUCUCAGGAUGCUUUACUGUUGGCAUGACACAGGACUGAUGGUAGCGCUCACCUUGUCUUCUCCAGACAAGGUGUUUUCCGGAUGCCCCAAACAAUCGGAAAGGGGAUUCAUCCGAGAAAAUGACUUUACCCCAGUCCUCAGCAGUCCAAUCCCUGUACCUUUUGCAGAAUAUCAGUCUGUCCCUGAUGUUUUUCCUGGAGAGAGGUGGCUUCUUUGCUGCCCUUCUUGACAUCAGGCCAUCCUCCAAAAGUCUUCGCCUCACUGUGCGUGCUGAUGCACUCACACCUGCCUGCUGCCAUUCCUGAGCAAGCUCUGCACUGGUGGUGGCCCGAUCCCGCAGCUGAAUCAACUUUAGGAGACGGUCCUGGCGCUUGCUGGACUUUCUUGGGCGCCCUGACGUCUUCUUCACAACAAUUGAACCACUCUCCUUGAAGUUCUUGAUGAUCCGAUAAAUGGUUGAUUUAGGUGCAAUCUUACUAGCAGCAAUAUCCUUGCCUGUGAAGCCCUUUUUGUGCAAAGCAAUGAUGACUGCACAUGUUUCCUUGCAGGUAACCAUGGUUAACAGAGGAAGAACAAUGAUUUCAAGCACCACCCUCCUUUUAAAGCUUCCAGUCUGUUAUUCUUACUCAAUCAGCAUGACAGAGUGAUCUCCAGCCUUGUCCUCGUCAACACUCUCACCUGUGUUAACGAGAGAAUCACUGACAUGAUGGCAGCUGGUCCUUUUGUGGCAGGGCUGAAAUGCAGUGGAAAUGUUUUUUGGGGAUUAAGUUCAUUUUCAUGGCAAAGAGGGACUUUGCAAUUAAUUGCAAUUCAUCUGAUCACUCUUCAUGACAUUCUGGAGGCAGCAGACUUUGUGAAAAUUAGUAUUUGUGUCAUUCUCAAAACUUUCGACCACGACUGUAUUUAUAGAUUAUAGAUUAUAGAUAUUUGACUUGAUUCACUUGAUUGUUUACUCUUGGGGCUGCAGUUUAGCUAACGAAUUUGACAGAUCAAUGUGAUUUUUUUUAUUAGAACGAAAACUUCUAAAUUGCUUUCAACACCUCAUGUGCAUUCGCAUUGCAUAGCGGGCAGCCUAUCAGAAGAGUUGGAGGCAUGGCCUAUUGGGGGCGGGACUUUCAGUUUGUUAUCGUUGGCCACCUAUCAUGCCAGGUAAUGUGCUAUGUUAACAAAAAUAUAUAUUACAUGUUCACUGCCAGCUCUGAAUCUUCAAUGAUAUAAAGAGCCUAGAAAGGUUUCCAUUGAUCAGACAGACGGUCACCAUUUGGUUACAAUAUUGUACCCACACUGGAAAAACAUCCUGUUAUUUUAACAGUAACUUACUGGUUGCCAGUUACCUGUAAGCAUGGAAUUAGAAUACUAGAAUGGACAUUAACCUUCUUAGGAUGGAAUAAAGGUCAUCCAUUUUGGUCAGGGAGUUGGUCAACCAUGGUUUUCCUGUGCUGUGAUAAGAUAUUGUGUAAAAUAAUGAAUUUGACGGAUUUAUCUCUGUAUGUUUGUUAGCUAGCUAACCAGUCAGUUUUAGAGGAAUGAUUCCAUAAAUGUUUCUAAUUAACUGCCAAUAUGCCAACAUUCCAUUCAAACAAUGCAGUCAAUCUACAGCCAUACACUGGCUGAAAUCAGUUGAUGAUAGGACUUAGACAAGUUGGAAAUGCAACAAGUAGUGAUAUUGUAUCAUAUAAUAGCACUCACAGCUUUACAAGAAAACCGAAAUUUAGACAUUUAUGGUCUGUUUACAUAUAUUCUAGAGGCUAUUUACAGUUGAAGUCGGAAGUUUACGUACACCUUAGCCAAAUACAUUUAAACUCUGUUUUUCACAAUUCCUGACAUUUAAUCCUAGUAAAAAUGCCCUGUCUUAGGUCAGUUUGGAUCACCACUUUAUUUUAAGAAUGUGAAAUGUCAGAAUAAUAGUAGAGAGAAUGAUUUAUUUCAGCUUUUAUUUAUUUCAUCACAUUCCCAGUGGGUCAGAAGUUUACAUACACUCAAUUAGUAUUUGGUAGCAUUGCCUUUAAAUUGUUUAACUUGGGUCAAACGUUUCGGGUAGCCUUCCACAAGCUUCCCACAAUAAGUUGGGGAAUUUUGGCCCAUUCCUCCUGACAGAGCUGGUGUAACUGAGUCAGGUUUGUAGGCCUCCUUGCUCGCACAUGCUUUUUCAGUUCUGCCCACACAUUUUCUAUAGGAUUGUCAGGGCUUUGUGAUGGCCACUCCAGUACCUUGACUUUGUUGUCCUUAAGCCAUUUUGCCACAACUUUGGAAGUAUGCUUGGGGUCAUUGUCCAUUUGGAAGACCCAUUUGCGACCAAGAUUUAACUGACUGAUAUCUUGAGAUGUUGCUUCAAUAUAUCCACAUCAUUUUCCUUCCUCAUGAUGCCAUCUAUUUUGUGAAGUGCACCAGUCCCUCCUGCAGCAAAGCACACCCACAGCAUGAUGCUGCCACCCCCGUGCUUCACGGUUGGGAUGGUGUUCUUCGGCUUACAAGCAACCACCUUUUUCCUCCAAACAUAAUGAUGGUCAUUAUGGCCAAACAGUUCUAUUUUUGUUUCAUCAGACCAGAGGACAUUUCUCCAAAAAGUACAAGCUUUGCCCCAUGUGCAGUUGCAAACCGUAGUCUGGCUUUUUUAUGGCGGUUUUGGAGCAGUGGCUUCUUCCUUGCUGAGCGGUCUUUCAGGUUAUGUCGAUAUAGGACUCGUUUUACUGUGGAUAUAGAUACUUUUGUACCUGUUUCCUCCAGUAUCUUCACAAGGUCCUUUGCUGUUGUUCUGCGAUUGAUUUGCACUUUUCGCACCAAAGCACAUUCAUCUCUAGUAGACAGAACGCGUCUCCUUCCUGAGCGGUAUGACGGCUGCGUGGUCCCAUGGUGUUUAUACUUGCGUACUAUUGUUUGUACAGAUGCACGUGGUACCUUCAGGCGUUUGGAAAUUGCUCCCAAGGAUGAACCAGAUUUGUGGAGGUCUACACUUUUUUUUCUGAGGUCUUGGCUGAUUUCUUUUGAUUUUCCCAUGAUGUCAAGCAAAGAGGCACUGAGUUUGAAGGUUGGCCUUGAAAUACAUCCACAGGUACACCUCCAAUUGACUCAAAUAAUGUCAAUUAGCCUAUCAGAAGCUUCUAAAGCCAUGACAUCAUUUUCUGGAAUUUUCCAAGCUGUUUAAAGGCACAGUCAACUUAGUGUAUCCAGUGAAUUAUAAGUGAAAUAAUCUGUCUGUAAACAAUUGUUGGAAAAAUGACUUGUGUCAUGCACAAAGUAGAUGUCCUAACCGACUUGCCAAAACUAUAGUUUGUUAACAAGACAUUUGUGGAGUGGUUGAAAAACAAGUUUUAAUGACUCCAACCUAAGUGUAUGUAAACUUCUGACUUCAACUGUAUACAGGAAAAAGUGUAUAAAACCCAUAUAAACUGUAUUUAUAAUUAUUUGACAAUAUUUUACACAAUAUAAUACUUGUAUUUUCCUGCAUAAGUAAUAUCAGGUUUAGGCCUCUACUGCCAUUCAUUCCAAUUAGACUGGUUUGGAUUUCUCCCUGACCGAUAUGGCUGCCAUUUUCACCGCAUUCUGGAACUUUGAGGGUUCAUGACAUAGCCCUUUUAGUAAUUUAAUAGGAUCUCUAUAAGUUACUGUAAAACAUUUUUUUACAGGGCCUCCUGAGUGGCUCAGUGGUCUAAGGCACUUCAUCAGAGUGUUGAGGAGCCACUACAGCCCCGGGUUCGAUCCCAGGCUGUGUCACAGCCGGCCGUGACCGGGAGACCCAUGAGGGGGUGCACAAUUGGCCCAGCGUCGUCCGGGUUAUGGGAGGGUUUUGGCCGGCCAGGAUUUCCUUGUCUCAUUGUGCUCUAGCGACUCCUUGUGGCGGACCAGCCGCCUGCUAGCUGUCAGUUGGACGGUGUUUCCUCCAACACAUGGGUGUGGCUAGCUUCCAGGUUAAGCGAUCAGUGUAUCAAGAAACAGUGCGGCUUGGCAGGGUUGUGUUUCAGAGGAUGCAUGGCUCUCGACCUUCGCCUCUCCCGAGUCCAUAGGGGAGUUGCAGCGACAAGACUGUAACUACCAAUUGGAUACCACGAAAUUGGGGAGAAAAAAAAAAGAUUAUACAAACGUUUAUUUGGAAUCUACGGUAAUAUACUGUACCUUUUUUAACAGUAACUUACAGGUAACUGGCUGCCAGUAAAUUACUGUAAAAACAACAAUAUAUAUAUAUAUUUUUUACAGUGCAGUUAAUGUGGAAGUGUUAUGUAAAGAAGUUUUUGGAGCCAUUAUUUCAUGUUAUGCAACCAACUUAAUAUUUGAUGAACAGGAAAUGAAUUGAAUUGCUUGAAUUUCAAUUGAAGAAAUGUUGUUAAGUUAUUCCAAAGUGAAAAAUCUACUUGGUACAACAUGAAAACAUGGGUUGUAUAUACACUACCAGUCAAAGGUUUUUCUUUAUUUGUACUAUUUUCUACAUUGUAGAAUAAUAGUGAAGACAUCAAAACUAUGAAAUAACACAUAUGGAAUCAUGUAGUAACCAAAAAAGUGUUCAACAAAACAAACUAUAUUUUAUAUUUGAGAUUCUUCAAAGUAGCCACCCUUUGCCUUGAUGACAGCUUUGCACACUCUUGGCAUUCUCUCAACCAGCUUCACCUGGAAUGCUUUCCCAACAGUCUUGGAGGAGUUCCCACAUAUGCUGAGCACUUGUUGGCUGCCUUUCCUUCAGUCUGCUGUCCGACUCAUCUCAAACCAUCUCAGUUGGGUUGAGGUCGGGGGAUUGUGGAGGCCAGGUCAUCUGAUGCAGCACUCCAUCACCCUCCUUCUUGGUCAAAUAGCCCUUACACAGCCUGGAGGUGUGUUGGGUCAUUGUCCUGUUGAAAAACAAAUGAUAGUCCCACAAAACCCAAACCAGGUGGGAUGGCGUAUCGCUGCAGAAUGCUGUGGUAGCAAUGCUAGUUAAGUGUGCCUUGAAUUCUAAAUAAAUUACAGACAGUGUCACCAGCAAAGCACCCCCACACCAUAACACCUCCUCCUCCAUGCUUUACGGUGGGAACUACACAUGCGGAGAUCAUCCAUUCACCCACACCGCGUCUCACAAAGACACAGCGGUCUCUUCUUCUUAUUGGUGUCCUUUAGUAGUGGUUUCUUUGCAGCAAUUCGACCAUGAAGGCCUGAUUCACACAGUCCCAUCUGAACAGUUGAUAUUGAGAUGUGUCUGUGACUUGAACUCUGUGAAACAUUUAUUUGGGCUGCAAUUUCUGAGGAUGGUAACUCUAAUGAACUUAUCCUCUGCAGCAGAGGUAACUCUGGGUCUUCAAUUCCUGUGGUGGUCCUCAUGAGAGCCAGUUUCUCUUUGCUUAUUUGAGCUGUUCUUGCCAUAAUAUGGACUUGGUCUUUUACCAAAUAGGGUUAUCUUCUGUAUACCCCCCUACCUUGUCACAGCACAACUGAUUGGCUCAAACACAUUAAGAAGGAAAGACAUUCCACAAAUUAACUUUUAACAAGGCACACCUGUUAAUUAAAAUGCAUUCCAGGUGACUACCUCAUGAAGCUGGUUGAGAGAAUGCCAAGAGUGGGCAAAGCUGUCAUCAAGACAAAGGGUGGCUAUUUGAAGAAUCUCAAAUAUAAAAUAUAUUUGGAUUUGUUUAACACUUUUUUGGUUACUACAUGAUUCCAUAUGUGUUAUUUCAUAGUUUUGAUGUCUUCACUAUUAUUCUACAAUGUAAAAAAUAGUACAAAUAAAGAAAAACCCUUGAAUGAGUAGGUGUGUCCAAACUUUUGAAUGGUAGUGUAUAUUAGUGAGUAUUGCUGUUGUUUAACCAAAGGGGAAAUUAGGUUGAGUGUUGAAAGAAAUAUAGGUUUGUUAAUAAUCAAAUACAACAGCAUUGAAUCAUAUAUUUGGUUUCAACAAAUGUAGUUUUUUUUCAAAUGAGAACUUGUUUACUUGUAACCAGUUGACAAUAGAAAAAUAGUUAAGAGGUUUUAGGGUCCUUGAAUUGUGCAUUAUUGGAAUGUUUUAAAUUACUUUAUGGGAUUGACACAGUCAACAUAUUUUUGGUUAGUAAGCUUUUGAGGGCAUUUCUUUCUACAUUGCAAGCUUAUAAUGAGUUACAGAAUCUGAUGUUAUAAUUUAGGAAUUUAUGGACAAUAAUAAUUGAGAAUUGAGGAAAAUACAUAAAUAUUCUCUGUGACACAUACAGUAGGCCUACAUCUAAAGUGCAUCUGAUGUAGUACACAUGGUUAUCCCCAGCAAGGUAUUGUGGGAUUGACAUACAGUUGCAUGCCAUACUGAAAAGCCUUUGAUGCUAUAACAAUAAGCAAUUCAUUCUUUCACAUCCAACUGUUGGAUGAUCAGAUUAUACUGUGUGUGUGUGUGUGUGUGUGUGUGUAUGUGUAUGUGUGUGUGUGUGUGUGUGUGUGUGUGUGUGUGUGUGUGUGUGUGUGUGUGUGUGUGUGUGUGUGUGUGUGUUGUGUGUGUGUGUGUGUGUGUGUGUGUGUGUGUGUGUGUGUGUGUGUGUGUGUGUGUGUGUGUGUGUGUGUGUGUGUGUGUGUGUGUGUGUGUGUGUGUGUGUGUUUGUGUGUGUGUGUGUGGCACAGGCCUUUGGAGGUAGUAAUUCAACAGCUUGUGGCAAUUCACCGGUGCACCUUUGUCCUUGAGCUCUUGGAAGGGUACUUAGAUGUAGCUUUUUUUUUUUUUAUGGCUGCAAAUGUGGGAUUAUUUGACGUCAUGGCUGAUGACCCGUCUAACUGGGCCUGUCCACCUGUCUUUGGUCUGACUAAUCCAGGUUUUCAUCUCUUGCUGUUUUAGUCCUUAGUAAUGAAAAAAUGGAUCUGGUAGAUGCUUGUGCUUUGUGAUUUAGUGAGUCUCCUGAGAUUAAAACUCCGUAUGAGACAUUGGCAGUGUAUUUAUUCCUCAGAAGUUUCUUUGAUGCAGAGUGUGUUGUUUUGAAUAAGGUUUUUAAACACUAUUUUUUUUGUGCAAUUUUCUGCUACUUGCUUCACUGCUGCUGUUUGUUUUUUGAGAGGCCUAUACCUUGGUUGUGUUUUGGUGCUGCUAUUUUUGUUUUUUUAAGGGUACUUUAGUUUGUUAUUAGCCAUGAAUCCAUUUAAGCUUUUGAAGAUGGAUGAAGGCUUCAAAGGUAUGCAAUUUAGUUUGCUGUGAUUGUACUUUCUUUACUGUGUACAGGCGAAUAACAACGACUUGAUGUAAAUAACAUGUGCAAAGAAUUCACUCUGAGUAACUUCUACCUGUACUUUUCUCUCACACAGGCUUGAGGUUUUUAAGGGCCUUAAGAUUGAUACAGUUCUCAGAAAUCUUACAGUUUUUGAAUAUAUUAAAAACAAGGUAAGUGCAAUAUUAUUUUCUCCAACUUCAGUGUAUUUAAUUUAAGUAGAAUUCGAUUUUGUAUUCAUUCUAAUUAGUAGUAUUCCAAAUAUUUGCAUGCGCUAUGUUAUGAUAAUGUUUGUAAUUCUGACUUCAUCUGUGAUGAAUAUUGACACAGGUACAAUUAUACAAUACAUUUACUGUCUCUUCUGAUAUAGUGUGGCCUUUUUUAAUGUACAGUAGUUACUGGAAACUGUUGAAUAUAGAACCUCCUCUCUGAACUUGUGCAACUUUGAUCCAACUUUGUUAUUGGAUCAAAUAUAUUUUUUUUAUUUGAAACUAGUCAAAUGAGCAUGUCCUACUUUCAGACCUGGUGGAUUACUGGGGAACAGUUUGGGGUAUUUCUGUCAUAUUUGGGGAAAGAAAUAAGUUUCCGUAUUAAAUUACACCGUACUGCUGUGAUAACAAGCAAAUAAUAUAUUUCACUUUAAAAACUACAAUUAUAACAUGUUCUGGAUUGUUCUUUAGGAUGUAUAAUAUACCAUAUAUUCAAUUUUACUUCAAUUCCAAAUUGAUUCUGAAUUGAUGAUUCUGCUCUUUGAAACCUAUUGGACAUCAUGCAGCAUGAUGAAUGAUAUCAUUUACCCCACUGCUUAGAAUUAAAGCUUGUGAUGCACAGCUGUCAGGAAGAGCUUAUAGCUCAACAAAAUGCUUUAGAAUAAUCCCCAGACUCAUUAACUGUGAUGAAGGUAAGGGCAGAGCAGGACAGAACAAACAGUAUAUAAAUGGACUGGGGUCAGGGCAGACUAAUACUGGACAGGACAAUGCAAGUAACUGUAACAUUACUUUAGGAAUAUACAGUAAGGACUGUAACAUUACCGUAGGAAUAUACAGUAAGGCUGGUAACAUUACCGUAGGAUUAUACAGUAAAGACUGUAACAUUACCGUAGGAAUAUACAGUAAAGAAUGUAACAUUACCGUAGGAAUAUACAGUAAAGACUGUAACAUUACCGUAGGAAUAUACAGUAAAGACUGUAACAUUACCGUAGGAAUAUACAGUAAAGACUGUAACAUUACCGUAGGAAUAUACAGUAAAGACUGUAACAUUACUGUAGGAAUAUACAGUAAAGAAUGUAACCUUACCUUAGGAAUAUACAGUAAGACCUUAGGAAGAUUUGCAUGCACAGUUGAUUCUGUAUUGAAAAGUGAAGGGCCAUGAAAGCUAGUUCGUCAUUAAUUUUGGAUUUUGGAUUUAGAAAUAAUAUUUUGUGAUAUUUCAUAAGAAUAAAAACGUUUUUGGAUUAAAGCACGUUUUUUUUGGGGGGGGGGGUUGCUUUGUUGCUGUUACAUAAUAAUGUCGGCUGAGCAGCUCAGUGUGUAACCAGAUAUCAUCCUUUAUCCCAAAGGAGGUUCUGCAACCAGCUAUCAUUCUUUAUCCCAAAGGAGGUUCUGCAACCAGAUAUUAUCCUUUAUCCCAAAGGAGGUUCUGUUAGCAGAUAUCAUACUUUAUCCCAAAGGAGGUUCUGUUAGCAGAUAUCAUACUUUAUCCCAAAGGAGGUUCUGUUAGCAGAUAUCAUACUUUAUCCCAAAGGAGGUUCUGCAACCAGAUAUUAUCCUUUAUCCCAAAGGAGGUUCUGUUAGCAGAUAUCAUACUUUAUCCCAAAGGAGGUUCUGCAACCAGAUAUUAUCCUUUAUCCCAAAGGAGGUUCUGUUAACAGAUAUCAUACUUUAUCCCAAAGGAGGUUCUGUUAGCAGAUAUCAUACUUUAUCCCAAAGGAGGUUCUGUUAGCAGAUAUCAUACUUUAUCCCAAAGGAGGUUCUGUUAGCAGAUAUCAUACUUUAUCCCAAAGGAGGUUCUGUUAGCAGAUAUCAUACUUUAUCCCAAAGGAGGUUCUGUUAGCAGAUAUCAUACUUUAUCCCAAAAGAGGUUCUGUUAGCAGAUAUCAUCCUUUAUCCCAAAGGAGGUUCUGUUAGCAGAUAUCAUACUUUAUCCCAAAGGAGGUUCUGUUAGCAGAUAUCAUACUUUAUCCCAAAGGAGGUUCUGUUAGCAGAUAUCAUACUUUAUCCCAAAGGAGGUUCUGUUAGCAGAUAUCAUACUUUAUCCCAAAGGAGGUUCUGUUAGCAGAUAUCAUACUUUAUCCCAAAGGAGGUUCUGUUAGCAGAUAUCAUACUUUAUCCCAAAGGAGGUUCUGUUAGCAGAUAUCAUCCUUUAUCCCAAAGGAUGUUCUUCAAACAAAAUCCCCAUUAGGCACAUAUAGUGCAAGGGCAGAUAUGUACAACUGGAGCAGCCAAACUACUUUCUGUUAUGGUCAUGACUAUAGUACGGCACUAUUUUAAAUAACAGUUCAGUUAAAAUGCUACCGACGUUUAAUUGUAUUACCAAAUAUGGAUCCUGUACCUGUACACUUUGUUUAAACGUUCACAAGGCAGGUCUUUUGGCGUUGGACACUAUCAAAUGUUCACUGAUAUUGUCUGGCUCUCUUGUUUUCAAUAGCAAUUCCAUAAAACUGGUGAACUUAUGUUCAAUCUUCAUAAGCACAUGGCUAACAGCUGCAGGCUUCAUACAUUUGGUAAGUUACCCAGCGCCAUAAUGGCAAAACAGAAGAACUAUAUGAUUGUAAAUAUUCAGUCUCUGACACAUCUAACAGACAGGGAUGGACAUUCAUUUUAAGUAAAGUAUUGCACGACCUAGCCCCUUUUGACACUGCAGUGGGCUAAAUCAGGGUCACACAGAGUGAUUCUAGGUAGUCUUAAACAAAUCUACUUUGAAAGAAAAGUAUACACCUCACACACAUAUGGUUAUGGGCUUAAAGAAAAAUAAGACACCUGUACCAUGUCAGAUAUAGAGUUUAAAUGUAUUCAAUUUUGAGUUUGCUUCCCAAUAUUACACUUUAUAUACAUCACAGAAGACUGAAAUGUAACAAAACCGUUUGACAUAGAAACACCGGAUUUUCAGCAGUAAAAAAAAAAAAUAUAUGUUGAUUAAUUAUGAAAUUAUGAAAAAUAUGAAUAACAUUCCACCCAUGAUCCCACUAGAGGGAGGUUUGGUAAUUUGACUGCAGGAAAGGGCUACAUACAUAUCCUACAGAGAGAUAUAUCUACAGAGAUAUCCUACAGAGAUACAGCUACAGAGAUAUAGCUACAGAGAUAUUCUACAGCGAUAUCCUUCAGCGAUAUCCUACAGUGAUAUCCUACAGAGAUAUCCUACAUUCAGUAGAUAUCCUACAGAGAUAUCCUACAGAGAUAUAGCUACACAAUGCCUCACCUUAAUUAAUGUUAUAACUGGAAUAUGUUUGAGUCUGUUUUUAAAAUGUGUAGGGCCUUUAAAUGGUAACAUAGUCAUUGCUUAUGAAAAUGUUUAUUACAGUUCUGGAGACAGUACAUCAUUGAUAAGUUAUAAGUGAGUGAGUAACAAAGUAACUAAGUAAAUAACUGAGUAUGCAAAUAAUACAUUAGGUGAGGGAGUGAGUGAGUGAGUGAGUGAGUGAGUGAGGGAGUGAGUGAGUGAGUGAGUGAGUGAGAGUGAGUAAGUAAGUUGUAAUACAAGAUUUGAGUACAUGAAAAAGGCUCUGCAUUUUCCUCUCUUUCAAUAUCCAGUAUUUUGACCUUUGUUCUAGGUGGAAAACUCAGGGGAUCCUUGGGAAAACUUCCAAAAUUCCCAGUCACUUUCCUACUGGGAAUGUGUCUACUUGCUCAUGGUUACCAUGUCCACUGUGGGCUAUGGAGACGUGUAUGCAAAAACCACCCUGGGCCGACUUUUCAUGGUGUUCUUCAUCCUUGGUGGUUUGGUAAAAAUCCCUCUUAUUUUAUUAUAUAUAUAAUCCUAUAUAACGCUUAUAUCCUUCAUGCAUACGAUCACACCUCCAACCAUCAUGAUACCUAUCCCUGCUGCUCUUACCAAUAGCUGGAAAGUCUUUGCACUUCAAAGCCUGUUGAAAUCGAAGCUCUAUUAUUGUCUUGUAGUUGAUGUUUUGUUGUGGCUGAGUUACCCAUGGCAGUUAAUUAUUGUCAAAUGUAUUAUAUUUGUAAGUAUUAUACGCCUAUAAUACUUAUUAUAUAAUAACUGCACUGAAGGUAUAUACAUUUACAUUUACUAUUAUCAUAUUGUAUAGUUUUAUUUCUGAGUAUAUACUGAAUUGCUGUAUGGUUCAAACCGAGUAAGAUUGGUUUGAUAAUGGUUCCCACUGUUAACUAAAAUAAUGUACGGUUUCAGAUGACCCAAUGCUUGAGCUUCCCCCUCCCCAAAUUCCAACAAACACAGUGAAAGGAAUGAUGUAUAGACCAGCGUGAUGGUCAACAUGGCACAUCAGUUUAUACCAGUAACACACAGCAGACAGUUAGCAUGAUGCAAGCUAAACCAUUCAACUGUUAUUAUGUUGAUUUUACUUGAUUAUUUCUAUUUUGGAUAACAAUGGAAGAAGGCUUAGUUCAGACAGUAGUACAGUACUACUAUAGUAGUUCGUUCAGACAGUACUACAGGACUACUAUAGUAGUUAGUUCAGACAGUAGUACAGUACUACUAUAGUAGUUAGUUCAGACAGUAGUACAGUACUACUAUAGUAGUUAGUUCAGACAGUAGUACAGUACUACUAUAGUAGUUAGUUCAGACAGUAGUACAGUACUAUUAUAGUAGUUAGUUCAGACAGUAGUACAGGACUACUAUAGUAGUUAGUUCAGACAGUAGUACAGGACUACUAUAGUAGUUAGUUCAGACAGUAGUACAGUACUACUAUAGUAGUUAGUUCAGACAGUAGUACAGUACUACUAUAGUAGUUAGUUCAGACAGUAGUACAGUACUACUAUAGUAGUUAGUUCAGACAGUAGUACAGUACUACUAUAGUAGUUAGUUCAGACAGUAGUACAGACCUAUAGUAGUUCGUUCAGACGUAUUACAGGACUAUAGUAGUUAGUUCAGACAGUAGUACAGUACUACUAUAGUAGUUAGUUCAGACAGUAGUACAGUACUACUAUAGUAGUUAGUUCAGACAGUAGUACAGUACUACUAUAGUAGUUCGUUCAGACAGUACUACAGGACUACUAUAGUAGUUAGUUCAGACAGUAGUACAGUACUACUAUAGUAGUUAGUUCAGACCAGUAGUACAGUACUACUAUAGUAGUUAGUUCAGACAGUAGUACAGUACUACUAUAGUAGUUAGUUCAGACAGUAGUACAGUACUACUAUAGUAGUUAGUUCAGACAGUAGUACAGUACUACUAUAGUAGUUAGUUCAGACAGUAGUACAGUACUACUAUAGUAGUUAGUUCAGACAGUAGUACCAGUACUACUAUAGUAGUUAGUUCAGACAGUAGUACAGUACUACUAUAGUAGUUCGUUCAGACAGUAGUACAGGACUACUAUAGUAGUUAGUUCAGACCAGUAGUACAGUACUACUAUAGUAGUUAGUUCCAGACAGGAAGUACAGUACUACCUAUAGUAGUUAGUUCAGGCAGUAAGUAGUACAGUACUACUAUAGUAGUUUAGUUCCAGACAGUAGUAAGUAAUACAUAGUAGUAGUUCAGGCAGAGUCGUAUACUAAGGUUAGUUCAGAACAGUAGUACAGGACUACUAUAGUAGUAGUUCAGGACAGUAGUACAGUACUACUAUAGUAGUUAGUUCAGGACAGUAGUACAGUACUUACUAUAGUAGUUAAGUUCAGACAGUAGUAGUACAGUACUACUAUAGUAGUUAGUUCAGACAGUAGUACAGGACUACUAUAGUAGUUAGGUUCAGACAGUAGUACAGUACUACUAUAGUAGUUAGUAUCAGACAGUAGUACAGGACUACUAUAGUAGUUAGUUCAGACAGUAGUACAGGGACUACUUAUAGUAGUUAGUUCAGAACCGUAGUACAGUACUAACUAUAGUAUUGUAGUUCAGCACAGUAGUACAGGACUACUAUAGUAGUUAGUUCAGGACAGUAGUACAGUACACUAUAGUAGUUAGUUCAGACAGUAGUACAGGUACCUACUAUAGUAGUUUAGUUCAGACAGUAGUACAGUACUACUAUAGUAGUUAGUUCAGACAGUAGUACAGUACUACUAUAGUAGUUAGUUCAGACAGUAGUACAGUACUACUAUAGUAGUUUAGUUCAGACAGUAGUACAGUACUACUAUAGUAGUUAGUUCAGACAGUAGUACAGUACUACUAUAGUAUUAGUUUCAGACAGUAGUACAGCUACUAUGUAGUUAGUUCAGACAGUAGUACAGUACUACUAUAGUAGUUAGUUCAGACAGUAGUACAGGACUACUAUAGUAGUUAGUUCAGACAGUAGUACAGUACUACUAUAGUAGUUAGUUCAGACAGUAGUACAGUACUAUUAGUAGUUAGUUCAGACAGUAGUACAGUACUACUAUAGUAUUUAGUUCAGACAGUAGUACAGUACUACUAUAGUAGUUAGUUCAGACAGUAGUACAGUACUACUAUAGUAGUUAGUUUCAGACAGUAGUACAGUACUACUAUAGUAGUUAGUUCAGACAGUAGUACAGUACUACUAUAGUAGUUAGUUCAGGACAGUAGUACAGUACUACUAUAGUAGUUAGUUCAGACAGUAGUACAGUACUACUAUAGUAGUUAGUUCAGACAGUAGUACAGUACUACUAUAGUAGUUAGUUCAGACAGUAGUACAGUACUACUAUAGUAGUUAGUUCAGACAGUAGUACAGUACUACUAUAGUAGUUAGUUCCAGACAGUAGUACAGUACUACUAUAGUAGUUAGUUCAGACAGUACUACAGUACUACUAUAGUAGUUAGUUCAGACAGUAGUACAGUACUACUAUAGUAGUUAGUUCAGACAGUAGUACAGUACUACUAUAGUAGUUAGUUCAGACAGUAGUACAUGACUACUAUAGUAGUUAGUUCAGACAGUAGUACAGUACUACUAUAGUAGUUAGUUCAGACAGUAGUACAGGACUACUAUAGUAGUUAGUUCAGACAGUAGUACAGUACUACUAUAGUAGUUAGUUCAGACAGUAGUACAGGACUACUAUAGUAGUUAGUUCAGGCAGUGAGUACAGUACUACUAUAGUAGUUAGUUCAGACAGUAGUACAGUACUACUAUAGUAGUUAGUUUCAGACAGUAGUACAGUACUACUAUAGUAGUUUAGUUCAGACAGUAGUACAGGACUACUAUAGUAGUUAGUUCAGACAGUAGUACAGUACUACUAUAGUAGUUAGUUCAGGACAGUAGUACAGUACUACUAUAGUAGUUAGUUCAGACAGUAGUACAGUAAUACUAUAGUAGUUAGUUCAGACAGUACUACAGGACUACUAUAGUAGUUAGUUCAGACAGUAGUACAGUACUACUAUAGUAGUUAGUUCAGACAGUAGUGCAGUACUACUAUAGUAGUUAGUUCAGACAGUAGUACAGUACUACUAUAGUAGUUAGUUCAGACAGUAGUACAGUACUACUAUAGUAGUUAGUUCAGACAGUAGUACAGUACUACUAUAGUAGUUAGUUCAGACAGUAGUACAGUACUACUAUAGUAGUUAGUUCAGACAGUAGUACAGUACUACUAUAGUAGUUAGUUCAGACAGUAGUACAGUACUACUAUAGUAGUUAGUUUCAGACAGUAGUACAGUACUACUAUAGUAGUUAGUUCAGACAGUAGUACAGUACUACUAUAGUAGUUAGUUCAGACAGUAGUACAGGACUACUAUAGUAGUUAGUUCAGACAGUAGUACAGUACUACUAUAGUAGUUAGUUCAGACAGUAGUACAGGACUACUAUAGUAGUUAGUUCAGACAGUAGUACAGGACUACUAUAGUAGUUAGUUCAGACAGUAGUACAGGACUACUAUAGUAGUUAGUUCAGACAGUAGUACAGGACUACUAUAGUAGUUAGUUCAGACAGUAGUACAGUACUACUAUAGUAGUUAGUUCAGACAGUAGUACAGGACUACUUCAGUAGUUGGAGUCAUUGAAAGGCGUCUCCUUCAUCUCUGGACAUUGUGCCUGAGUAUUAUCAAAGUGACAUUACCAAUACAAGUUUAUAUACGUUUAUGUACAUUUCUUUAUAUAGUUUAUAUACAUGUAAACAAUACUGUAUAUAAGUUAUAUAUAUAUAAGUUAAAUAUAUAUGUUGUAUAUACUCUACAUUUAUACAUUACAUUACAAGCCAAAUUUAAGCACACACAAGGCUUAACAUAUAUUCUAUUAAUACAUAAUAGUUUAGCUAAUUUAAUGAAUUGAUGUGCAGCUAUGUUACAGUAGGCUGUACUAUUCUAAUCAACCUGGCAUAAGUGUUUGUUGGACAAAACAUGGCAUUUAAGGUUUUUUCUCCCUUUUAUUACUCUAAACUUUUUAAAUCACAGAUUGGCAUACAGUUGGCCAACUGUGUCAUUUUUUCCUGCUUUUUUUCCUAACUAAAUAUCCGUAAAAGCUGGUUAAGUUAAAUUUCCUGACUUUUUUUUCUUCAUUGCUUAUCUUUUUUUUCUCUCUCCCUAGAAUCUGAAUAUGAAAAAACUUUACAUGAUUUCAGAUUGUGUUCUAACUUUUACCAUAAUGUAAUAAUCUAACUUUUUUAUAUCUAUCACCUAUUGUAUCCAGAGCAGUUAACAGUUUUUGCACAUUUUCUAUUCUAUUUCUUUUUUUUUUUUUUUUUUUUUAUUCUUGAAUUUUCAGAUUUUACGGAUACAUUUUAAGCAAAAAUAGACGCCCUGCUCUCUCUUUUGCCUAUCUUUUUUUUAGUCUCUUCUUCUGUCUCCUAUCUUCUCCUUAGGCCAUGUUUGCGAGCUACGUCCCUGAAAUCAUAGAGUUAAUAGGAAACCGCAAGAAAUAUGGUGGUUCCUAUAGUGCGGUUAAUGGGAGAAAGUAAGUAUCACUGGGAGGCUCUACUGCCUCUGCCUGCAGUAGAACUGUCCUCUGCAUGCCCUUUUCUUUCUCUGUUCCAUGCAUGUAGGCCAUGUUUGCUCGCUACGUGCCAGAAAUUGCUGCUCUCAUCCUUAAUCGGAAGAAAUAUGGAGGGAGUUAUAACUCGACCCGAGGCAGAAAGUAAGUCAAACAAAUAAACAAACAAAAAAUGAUUCUAAAAGGUGUGGUUUUGGUGUGACUUCUCAAGUUUCCCCCUCUCCUAAAGAGGGGUACCAGUAAUUAUUCUAAAAUGUUUUAUAUUGAAAAGUAGAGAUUAUUAUUAUUAUUAUUAUUAUUAUUUGUUUUGUUUUUUGGGGGGGGGGGGGGGGGGAGUCACACAGGUGACUGGAGAGUUUGGCCAUGAAAAGCUUACACUAUUGCUUUGUACCGGUAUUUGUGUGCUAGCCCGUCAUUGUGUCAAAAGCAUUAUUUGCUAUAUGCUUGAGUGUUUUGCUCGUUUAUUUACUAGAACGCUUACAUGUUUGUAUCUGUGUUUUGUGUUUGCCAAUCAUAUGCAUCUUGCCACCCACCACAAUGCAAAUAUUAUUAUAUAUAUAUAUAUUUUUUUUUUUCUUUGCACGUAAAGUCAGGACUGAUUCCAACUAUAGCUGUAGUAAUUUUUUAUAGCAUUUCUAAAUUCAUGAAUGUACUGCAUUUUUAACAUGAUGUGUCCUAUCUUGAUGACAGAGAUGAUGUCAUUGAAAAUAUUGCACAAUAACAACAAAUAAUAAUACUUGUCUUUAGUGUCCUAACAAACAGAUUUACAAGAAGGGACUAACCUGCGGUUAAAUAAUCAGCUAAUCUACAUUUAAUUUACUCCCAGAUUAUUUGAAAUGAAUGUUAAUAAAGUGGUCUAGCUACCCACUUUUUGCAUCUUUUGCAUGUCCACAUACGCUCUUGCAUGUUCCUCGCUUGCUUCUAGUUAACUUUUAUUUCCUUGUUUUUUUUUUUGUCUGGUACCACCAGUUCAUUUGAUUUUCCAAGCCCUGCUACAUUCCUGGCCUUAAUCUUCAGUCAGACCUACACCCUGAGGGCCAAACACUACCUUGAGAUGUGUGCGCAUAACUCAAAUUUCCAUGCAAAUCUCCCAUUGACAUCAAUCAAUGCAUGAUUCACGCAGAAAUUCAAGUUACACACGUGUUUCUCAAAGUACAGUAGGAUUCUGCCCUAAAUCCCUGGAUGCCUCAACCCUCUGAAAGAACUACUCUUGGCUCGCUUUUACAUUUUUUGUUGUUUAAUUUGUUGUGGAUAAUUUUUUGGGACUUCCUUUUAGUCAAGUCUCUUUAGUCAAGUCUCUUUAGUCAAGUCUCUUUAGCCAAGUGUCUUUAGUCAAGUGUCUUUAGUCAAGUCUCUCUAGCCAAGUCUCUUUAGCCAAGUCUCUUUAGUCAAGUCUCUAGUCAAGUCUCUUUAGUCAAGUCUCUUUAGUCAAGUCUCUUUAGUCAAGUCUCUUUAGUCAAGUCUCUUUAGUCAAGUCUCUUUAGCCAAGUCUCUAUUCAAGUCUCUAGUCAAGUCUCUUUAGGCAAGUCUCUUUAGGCAAGUCUGUUUAGUCAAGUCUUUUUAGUCAAGUCUCUUUAGUCAAGUCUCUUUAGUCAAGUCUCUUUAGUCAAGUUUCUUUAGCCAAGUCUCUUUAGUCAAGUCUUUUUAGUCAAGUCUCUUUAGUCAAGUCUCUUUAGUCAAGUCUCUUUAGUCAAGUCUCUUUAGUCAAGUCUCUUUAGCCAAGUCUCUUUAGCCAAGUCUCUUUAGUCAAGUCUCUUUAGUCAAGUCUCUAGGCAAGUCUCUUUAUUCAAGUCUCUUUAGUCAAGUCUCUUUAGUCAAGUCUCUAGUCAAGUCUCUAGUCAAGUCUUUUUAGGCAAGUCUCUUUAGGCAAGUCUUAGUCAAGUCUUUUUAGUCAAGUCUCUUUAGUCAAGUCUCGUUUAGCAAGUCUCUUUAGUCAAGUUCUUAGCCAAGCUCUUAGCAAGUCUCUUUAGUCAAGUCUCUUUAGCCAAGUCUCUUUAGCAAGUCUCUUAGUCUCUUUAGUCAAGUUCUUGCAAUCUCUUAGUCAAGUCUCUAGUCAAGUCUCUUUAGGCAAGUCUUUUAGUCCAAGUCCACUUAGGCAAGUCUCUUUAGUCAAGUCUCUUUAGCCAAGUCUCUAGUCAAGUCUCUUUAGUCAAGUUUCUUUAGCCAAGUCUCUUUAGUCAAGUCUCUUUAGUCUUGUCUUUUUAGUCAAGUCUCUAGUCAAGUCUCUUUAGGCAAGUCUCUUUAGUCAAGUCUCUUUAGUCAAGUCUCUAGUCAAGUCUCUUUAGGCAAGUCUCCUUAGGCAAGUCUCUUUAGCCAUGUCUACUUAGUCAAGGGUCGUUUUAGUCAAGUCUUCUUUAGCCAAGUCUCUGAAUAGUCCAAGUCUCUUUAGCCAAGUCUCUUUAGGUCAAGUCCUCGUUAGCCAAGUCUCUUAGUGCAAGUCCUCUUUAGUCCAAGUUCUUAUUCAAGUCUCUUUAGUCAAGUCUCUUUUAAGUCAAGUUUUCUUUGAGCCAAGUCGUCUUUAGUCAAGUCUCUUUAGUCAAGUCUCUUAGUCAUUCUCUAUCAUUCUUUUUUUAGGCAAGUCUCUUUAGGCAAGUCUCUUUAGGCAAGUCUCUUUAGCAAGUCUCUUUAGCAAGUCUCUUUAUCAAGUCUCUUUAGUCAAGUCUCUUUAGUCAAGUCUCUUUAGUCAAGUCUCUAGUCAAGUCUCUUUAGCAAGUCUCUAGUCAAGUCUCUUUAGCAAGUCUCUUUAGUCAAGUCUCUUAGCAAGUCCUAGUCAAGUCUCUUUAGUCAAGUUCUUUAGUCAAGUCUCUUUAGUCAAGUCUCUUUAUUCUUAGUCAAUUCUUAGUCAAGUCUUUUAGCAAGUCUCUUAGUCAAGUCUCUAGUCAAGUCUAUUGCAAGUCUUUAGGCAAGUCUCUUUAGUCAAGUCUCUUUACAAGUGCUUAUCAGUCUCUAGCAAGUCUCUUUAGUCAAGUCUAUCAGUCUCUUUAGCCAAGUCUCUUUAGUCAAGUCUCUUUAGCAAGUCUCUUUAGUCAUCUUUAGCAAGUCUCUUUAGGCAAGUCUCUAGUCAAGUCUUUUAGAAGUCUCUUAGCAAGUCUCUAGCAAUCUUUAGUCAAGUCUUUUAGGCAAGUCUCUUUAGUCAAGUCUCUUUAGCCAAGUCUCUUUAGUCAAGUCUCUAGUCAAGUCUUUUUAGGCAAGUCUCUUGUCAAGUCUCUUUAGCAAGUCUCUUUAGGCAAGUCUCUUUAGUCAGGUUUCUUUAGCAAAAUCUCUUUAGUCAAGUCUCUUUAGUCAAGUCUCUAGUCAAGUCUAAUUAGGCAAGUCUCUUUAGGCAAGUCUCUUUAGUCAAGUCUCUUUACACAAGUCUCUUUAGUCAAGUCUCUUUAGCCAAGUCUAGUCAUUUAGUCAAGUCUCUUUAGCAAGUCUCUUUAGCAAGUCCUUAUCUUUAGCAAGUCUCUUUAGUCAAGUCUCUUUAGUCAAGUCUCUUUAGUCAAUUCUCUAGUCAAGUCUUUUUAGGCAAGUCUCUUUAGUCAAGUCUCUAGUCAAGUCUAAUUAGGCAAGUCUCUUUAGGCAAGUCUCUUUAGUCAAGUCUCUUUAACCAAGUCUCUUUAGUCAAGUCUCUUUAGCCAAGUCUCUUUAGUCAAGUCUCUAGUCAAGUCUCUUUAGCCAAGUCUCUUUAGUCAAGUCUCUUUAGCCAAGUCUCUUUAGUCAAGUCUCUUUAGCCAAGUCUCUUUAGGCAAGUCUCUUUAGUCAAGUCUCUUUAGCAAGUCUCUUUAGCCAAGUCUCUUUAGUCAAGUCUCUAGUCAAGUCUUUUUAGGCAAGUCUCUUAGCAAGUCUCUUUAGUCAAGUCUCUUAGUCAAGUCUCUUUAGUAAGUCUCUUUAGUCAAGUCUCUUUAGUCAAGUUUUUAGUCAAGUUCUUAGUCAAGUCUCUUUAGCAAGUCUCUUUAGUCAAGUCUCUUUAGCAAGUUCUUUACAGUCCAGUCAUUCUUUAGUCAAGUCUCUUUAGUCAAGUCUCUUUAGUCAAGUCUCUUUAGCAAGUCUUACUUUAGUCAAGUCUCUUUAGUCAAGUCUCUUUAGUCAUCUCUUUAGUCAAGUCUCUUUAGUCAAGUCUCUUUAGCAAGUCUCUUUAGCAAGUCUCUUUAGCAAGUCUCUUUAGAAGUUUUAGUCGUCUCUUAGUCAAGUCUCUUUAGUCAAGUCUCUUUAGCAAGUCUCUUCAGUCAGUCUCUUUAGUCAAGUCUCUUUAGUCAGUCUCUUAGUCAAGUUCUUUACAAGUAGUAGUCAUCUCUUUAGCAAGUCUCUUUAGCCAAGUCUCUUUAGUCAAGUCUCUUUAGUCAAGUCUCUACAAAGUCUCUUAGUAAGUCUCUUUAGCAAGUCUCUUUAGUCCAAGUCUCUUUAGUCAAGUCUCUUUAGCAAGUCUCUUUAGCAGUCUCUUUAGUCAAGUCUCUUUAAGUCCUAGAGUCUCUUUAGUCAAGUCUCUUUAGCCAAGUUCUCUUAGCAGCCUUUAUCAAGUCCUUUAGCAAGUUCUUUAGUCAAGUCCUCUUAGUCAAGUCUCUUUAAGUCCAAGUCUCUUUAGCCAAGUCUCUUUAGUCCAAGUCCUCUUUAGUAAGUCUCUUUGAAGUCAAGUCUCUCUUAGUCAAGUCUCUUUAGCCAAGUCUCUUUAGUCAAGUCUCUAGUCAAGUCCUUGUCUAGUCAAGUCUCUUAGCCAAGUUCAUAAAUACAAGUUCUUUAGUCAAGUCUCUUUAUGUCAAGUCUCUUUAGUCAAGUUCUUUAGUCAAGUUUCUAGUCUAAUAUUUUCUUUACGUCAAUCUCUAUUAAGUCAAGAAUCCCUUUAGCCAGUUUUUCAAGUCAUUCUUUAUCAGUCUCUUAGCUAAGUCUCUAUAGUCAAAGUAUCUUUAGUAACUCUCUUUAGAAUCGUAUAAUACAGUACUCUAUUAUGGAAAGUCUUUAGCACUUUUAAUCAUAGUUUUGAGCAAGUUCUUUAGUAGUUUCUUAGAAGUCUCUAGUCAACCUUUAGCACACUGUUCUACUGACUCGUAAGUAUUAGUCUAGCGAAGUUCUUUCAUUUGUAGCAAGCUCUAGUUGUUCUUACUCUUUACGUGUAGUACACUCUUUAGGCAAGUCUCUUGUCAAGUAUCUUUAGCAAGUCACUAGUCAAGUCUCUUUAGUCAAGUCUCUUUAGUCAAGUCUCGUUAGCCAAGUCUCUUUAGUCAAAGCCUGUGUUGGUAAUUGAUUAUCUUCUCCUUCCUUCUGCAUUCUGAAGUAUUUCUGUUUCAAGUGAUUCAUUUUCUUAUGUCUCUGUCACACUGUCUAUACAUUCCCAUUUUCAUAUAUAAAUAUCAAUAGAACAUCUCAGUAAUAUUCACAUAAUAAUAUACCCAAUGCUAUAACAUAAACAAGAUACAAUACGAUAAAUAAGAAAUGGAAUAAGAUACAAUGUUAGACUUAUUUCAAUACCAUGUGCAGUAUGUGAGUUGUCAGUAUGUAUAUAUUACUUGUAGGUUUGGUACGUGAUGGAACUGACCAUUGCAAUAACAGCUUAAAGAAAUGCCCUUCUUAACCCCAUCCUGAGUUUAUCUCACGAUGAAGAGUUUAUCUCACAAUCCUGCAGGUACUAUCCUGUAGCAGGGACACUGUCUGAUGGAAAGCUACCCCAAUGUGGAGGCAAGAUGUAUCUUGCUAAAGAUAAGCUCUUUCCUGGAUUGUAGAAAUGUAGCAAUCGCAUCGUAAUCUCCAAAAAAGGAAAUUCUCAUCCUUUUUAAUCUGCUACUGGGAAGCCAGAAUGCGCUCUGCUCUGUGAUCUUUCCUGACCUGUCCUUCAGGCCUUACACAGAACUGACUGUACAGUAUAAGGGCUUUAGUACUGCCACCUGUUCACAUAACAAUGGACUGCUGUUCAUCAAAAGAACAUGUACUGUAGAAACCAGGGAGAAUGAUAUGUCUUUUUUUUUUGUCUACAAAGAAACAUACUUUUUCAGGUCCUUUUUUUUAUUGACUUUUUACUGUGGCGUGGACACUUUUUUUUUUUCUUCUGUCAGAUCCAACAUAUGAUUUCACUUUAUUUUCAGAGUCAAGAAAGAAUGUGAAACAUCCCUUCAGCAGUUUUAUCAACGUCCUUAUUUUGGCUGCAGCUUUUAGCAAACCAUAGUUUAAGUCUUAUGACUAUUCCUGGAUCUUAUUUCCUGUAGGCACAUCGUGGUCUGUGGUCAUAUUACCCUUGAAAGUGUGUCCAACUUCCUGAAAGACUUCCUACACAAGGACAGGGAUGAUGUCAGUGUAGAAAUUGUUUUUCUCCAUAAGUAAGUGUACCAAGUUUUUUCCUUUACACUUUACGGGCCAGUUUCCCGGACCCAGAUUAUGCCUAGUCCUUGACUUAAAAAAACCAUACUCAAUGGGAAAUUGAAAGUCCAUUAAAAGUGUGUUUUAUUCCAGGACUUUAGGUUUAAUCUGAGUCUGGGAAAAUGGCCCCAAGACUCAUAACAAUACUGAGUGUUUCAGAGAAGGAAAGGUGAUAGCAGCUCCCAUAAAUGACCCAAACAACCUUUCGGGAACUGCCACCACCUUUCCCUUGGUUUGGAAUACUCAGACUCUACAAUGACUAUAUCCUGAUAAGCAUCCAGAUCCAUGGAAACCGUUGGUAGAGCCAGCCAGCUACAUUUAUUGUAAUGCGUGACAAUAAAUUACACUUCAAUUACUACACAAUGAAUUGCACAUUGACUUGCUGAGGAGAGACCCCACUCAGACCCCAUUAACACAUGUCUCCUGUCUAUCCCAGUGCUAAACCUAAUCUUGAGGUGAAGGCCUCGGUUAACAUUAACAAACUCUUACUUUCUAUCCCAGUAUUUCCCCUAAUCUUGAGCUGGAAGCCUUGUUUAAACGGCACUUCACCCAGGUGGAGUUCUACCAGGGGUCCGUUCUCAACCCACACGACCUGGCCAGAGUCAAGGUAACCGGCCUGUUUCAAUGCAUAUGAAUCUACCUGACUCAUUCCUCACAGCCGCUAGCAGAGCAAACAGCCUCAACAGUGCAUUCUCCAGCCAACUCUUCAAGAACUGUAGCAGUUCCUUAUUGUAUAAAGUCAAUUUGGUCACACUUACAAAACAGUUACCUUUAUAAAGAGUUACAAUACGGUUGGUUACCUUUAUAAAGAGUUACAAUACGGUUGGUUACCUUUAUAAAGAGUUACAAUACAGUUACCUUUAUAAAGAGUUACAAUACGGUUGGUUACCUUUAUAAAGAGUUACAAUACGGUUGGUUACCUUUAUAAAGAGUUACAAUACGGUUGGUUACCUUUAUAAAGAGUUACAAUACAGUUUGGUUACCUUUAUAAAGAGUUACAAUACUGUUUGGUUACCUUUAUAAAGAGUUACAAUAGUUGGUUACCUUAUAUAAGAGUUACAAUAUGGUUACUUUAUAAAGAUCAAUACAGUUACCUUUAUAAAGAGUUACAAUACAGUUGGUUACCUUUAUAAAGAGUUACAAUACGGUUGGUUACCUUUAUAAAGAGUUACAAUACGGUUGGUUACCUUUAUAAAGAGUUACAAUACGGUUGGUUACCUUUAUAAAGAGUUACAAUACGGUUGGUUACCUUUAUAAAGAGUUACAAUACGGUUGGUUACCUUCAUAAAGAGUUACAAUACAGUUACCUUUAUAAAGAGUUCACAAAGGUUUUUAUAAUUGUAUUGUUUGUUUUUUUACUGUCAAACAUUCAUUGACACAUCAUUUAGCAGCCAGGUAAGUCAUUGAGAUUUAUAAAAGGUAAAUAAAUAGCCUAAAUACGACAAGAACAUAAUACUUUGUUAGAAGUUAGAAGUGAAAUGCUCUGUGAUGUAUGAUAGCUACUGUUCAUAGCUCUGAAUUAAUGUAGUUAUGAUCUCUUUGAUGCUGCUGUGGUGUCUUUAGAUGAAGCACCUGGGUGGUUGGCAUCUGUCUAAUGUCCUGAGUCUGCCUGCAUCCCAAAUGGUACCCUAUUCCCUACAUAGUGCACUACUAUUGACCAGAGCCCUAUGGGCCAUUGGAUGCCAUUUGGGACUCAGGCUCUGUCUGUAUAGAGUCAGUUCUUAAUCUAGUCGCUCUGUCAUCCCUCAGAUAGUCAGGUCUUAAUCUCUCUGUCAUCCCUCAGAUAGUCAGGUCUUAAUCUCUCUGUCAUCCCUCAGGUAGUCAGGUCUUAAUCUCUCUGUCAUCCCUCAGAUAGUCAGGUCUUAUCUCUCUGUCAUCCCUCAGAUAGUCAGGUCUUAUCUCUUUCCUCGUCAUCUACCUCUGAUUAAGUCAGGUCUUAUCUCUCUGUCAUCCCUCAGAUAGUCAGGUCUAAUCUCUCUGUCAUCCUCAGAUGAUGUCUCAAAGGUCUUAUCUCUCUGUCAUCCCUCAGAUAGUCAGGUCUUAUCUCUCUGUCAUCCCUCGGAUAGUCAGGUCUUAUCUCUCUGUCAUCCCUCAGAUAGUCAGGUCUAAUCUCUCUGUCAUCCCUCAGAUAGUCAGGUCUAAUCUCUCUGUCAUCCUUCAGAUAGUCAGGUCUUAUCUCUCUGUCAUCCCUCAGAUAGUCAGGUCUUAAUCUCUCUGUCAUCCCUCAGAUAGUCAGGUCUUAAUCUCUCUGUCAUCCCUCAGAUAGUCAGGUCUUAAUCUCUCUGUCAUCCCUCAGAUAGUCAGGUCUUAAUCUCUCUGUCAUCCCUCAGAUAGUCAGGUCUUAAUCUCUCUGUCAUCCCUCAGAUAGUCAGGUCUUAAUCUCUCUGUCAUCCCUCAGAUAGAGUCAGCAGACGCCUGUUUGAUCCUAGCUAAUAAAUACUGUGCAGACCCUGAUGCUGAGGAUGCUUCCAACAUCAUGAGGUACUGAGACAAUUUAACCAACCUAUUGUGUUGUACAAAUAUCCAUUGUAAAGUUAUGUUGAUAUACAAAACAUAUUCAAUUUACUAUCCCCUUUGAUACAUGACUAGAUGACAAAGAUUAUGCUUGAGAGUAUGUGAAAAUGUAUUUUGGAGAAAUGCAUUGAUAAUACAUAAAGUACCAAAGAGAAUUGAACUGUUAUAACUGACUGCCUUACAAUACGCCAAUGUCAACUCUCAAGUUCCCUAAGGAAGAAAACUGUGUAUCUACUGAGUCCUAGGACUCUGUAGAUGGGUCUUACGUUGUUCGUUGUAACAAUAUUCCAGGGUGAUAUCCAUCAAGAACUACCACCCGAAGAUCAGAAUCAUUACCCAGAUGUUGCAGUACCACAACAAGGUGUGUUCAGUACAACCCCUUCAGAGUGCUACUGAUUACACUGUCUCAUUGAACUCUAGCGGAGGCUCCUCUUGCACCUGCAAAAAUUCUGGUAAUUUUCCCACAAUUCCCAGGUUUUCCCAGAAUCCCGGAAUCAGAAUGGAUUAAGCAGGACAUUCGGAAUCCUCCAACCAGGAUUUCUAGAAAGCCUGGGAAUUAUGUGACAGUUACCAACAUUUUUGGAACCUUAAUAUCCCUGCAUCUUUCCUGCGUGUCCCCAGGCCCACCUUUUGAACAUUCCCAGUUGGAACUGGAAGGAGGGUGACGACGCCAUUUGUCUUGCUGAGCUGAAGCUUGGCUUCAUCGCACAGAGUUGUCUGGCUCAAGGCCUCUCCACUAUGCUGGCCAACCUAUUCUCCAUGAGGUCCUUCAUCAAGGUACAUGUUGGGGAGAGCUAAACAGAUUGUAAUCCCUAGGUCGCUCGUUCAAAUCCAGCUCUAAUGACCAGGAAGAGCUGGGGAUAUUGAACUAAUACUAUUCCACUUUUUCACAGGCUUUUGUACAGCAUUGUUCUCCAUCUUCUGGUCACACUUUGUCUGUAGGUGCCUGGGUCCUAGUCGAGACUAAUGAAGGGAAUAUUCAGACUAUUUUGUAGAUGUACCUACAUUUACAGGGUUAUUUGCUUUAUGGUCACUUUGUUAACGUUUGUGCGAGUCAAAUAAAAGUAUGUUCAUGAUAACAUGUUGUACAUUUGCAAGCCAUGUUUUAUCUGUUAUUGUGUCAGAUUGAAGAGGACACGUGGCAGAAGUAUUACCUGGAAGGAGUAGCCAAUGAAAUGUACACUGAGUACCUGUCUAGUGCCUUUGUGGGUCUAUCCUUCCCCACCAUUUGUGAGUAAGUAUGACCCUGUUUUCUGAAGUACCUACUAUAUCAAUGAUAUUCAAUCAACCAUCAACCCCACCUCUCUCUCUCUCAUCGAUCUCUCCCGGAUCUAGAUGAUUAUGUAGAUAUAGUAGACGAAUCUCCUUUUUUAUCCCUCGGAAAUCAGGAGAAAGCAUAUGAGCUAUCUCGUAUGUCCUAUGAUAAGAAAGACUCUAUCGGUACAGAGGAUGACGACUAUAGACUGUUCUAGCCCUAGUAUCGAAGAUGGGUCUCUCGUAGCAGUCUCUCUCGGCAUAUAAGCUUCCUAGACUACCGCGUAUCGACCGAUCGAGAGAGAUCUUCUAACUCCUCUCUCUCGUCUGGAUCAGCUCGUGUUGCAGCUCCCAGAGCCCCUCCUCACUCUCCUCGCUCAUCUCUCACUCUCUCUGUCCUCUCUCUCCCUCUCUCUCCUCUCUCUCUCUCUCUCUUCUCUCUUCUCUCAUUCAUCCCAUGAUUGUGUAUUCAUAUUGAUGUUUCUGAAUGCUCCUGUCUAGACUCUGCUAUGUGAAGCUGAAGCUGCUACUGAUCGCUAUCGAGUACAAGUCUGAUAUAAGGGAAAGCAGGUACAGUUCAAAUCAAAUCAAAUUUAUUAAUAAAGACCUUUUUACAUCAGCAGUUGUCACAAAGUGCUUAUACAGAAACCCAGCCUAAAAACCCAAAAUGCAAGCAAAGGAGAUGUAGAAUCACGGUGGCUAGGAAAAGCUCCCUAGAAAGGCAGAAACCUAGGAAGAAACCUAGAGAGGAACCAGGCUCUGAGGGGUGGCCAGUCCUCUUCUGGCUGUGCCGGGUGGAGAUUAUAAGAGUACAUGGCCAUUAAAGGCCAGAUUGUUCUCCAAGGUGUUCAAACGUUCAUAGAUGACCAGCAGGGUCAAAUAAUAAUCACAGUGGUUGUAGAGGGUGCAACAGGUCAGCACCUCAGGAGUAAAUGUCAGUUGGCUUUUCAUAGCUGAGCAUUCAGAGGUCAAGACACUCCUACCUGUGUAUUAUACAUUGGCCAAUUGUACUACGUGAUGUUUGUCAGACAUUGUAUUGUAAAAAAUAAUGUUGAACCAAGUCGCAUGCAGCACCAUACAGGUUAUCCAUUUGCCAAAUGUUUUAACAUGCAGACAUUUGCAAACCUCAAUAUCCAGACUGCCAUGACAAUACAGCUGUCCUGACUGUGAUCUAUUGUCAUUUAAACUUCACUUCAUACACAGUAGUAAUCACUAACUGGCACACUUUAUUGGGGGACGUUUCCUCGUUGUUUAUAGAAAGUUGACAAAAAAGCUGUCAUCAAGGCAAAGGGUGGCUAUUUGAAGAAUAUCAAAUAUAAAAUGUAUUUUGAUUUGUAUAACACUUUUUUGGUUACUGCGUGAUUCCAUAUGUGCUAUUUUAUAGUUUUGAUGCCUUCACUAUUAUUCUACAAUGUAGAAAAUAGUAAAAAUAAAGAAAAACCCUUGAAUGAGUAGAUGUGUCUAAACUUUUGACUGGUACUGUAAGUCAAAACUGUAACUUCGCCGCUCAGGAACAUUCACCGUCUUCUUGGUAAGCAACUCCAGUGUAGAUUUGGUCUUGUGUUGUAGGUUAUUGUCCUGCUGAAAAGGUGAAUUCCUCUCCCAGUCUCUGGUAACUGCAGGUUUUCCUCUAGGAUUUUGCCUGUGCUUAGCUCCAUCCCGUUUCUUUUUAUCCUGAAAAACUCCCCAGUAUUUGCCACCACCAUGCUUGAAAAUAAGGAGGCAGUUACUCAGUGAUGUGUUGUGUUGGAUUUGCCCCAAACAUAAGGCUUUGUAUUUAGGCCAAAAAGUGUUACUUUAGUGCGUUGUUGCAUACAGGAUGCAUGUUUUAUUCUGUAUAUUUGUAUUCUUCUUUUCACUCUGUCGUUUAGGUCAUUAUUGUGGAGUAACUACAAUGUUGUUGGUCCAUCCUCAGUUUUCUCCUGUCACAGCCAUUGAACUCUGUAGCUGUUUUAAAAUCACCAAUGGCCUCAUGGUGACAUCCCUGAGCAGUUUCCUUCCUGUCCUGCAGCUCAGUUCAGAAGGACGACUGCAUCUUUGAUGUAUCUGGGUGGUUUAAUACAUAAUCCACAGCAUGAUUAUUAACUUGACCAUGCUUAAAGAUAUAUUCAAUAUCUGAUUUGUUAUUUUUACCCAUCUACCAAUCACUGCCCUUCUUUAUGAGGCUUUCCAAAAGCUCCCUGGUCUUUGUAGUUGAAUUUGUGCUUUGAAAUUCAAUACUUGACUGAAGGACCUUACAGAUGUUGAAUGUAUGGGGGGACAGAUGAAGGGUUACCCCUAUUAUUUAAAACAGAGCGAGUCCAUGUAACAGACUAUGUGAUUUGUCGCAGUUCUGGGGUGACCAGGAUACAGGUAUGGUUGUGCUAUAAAGCCAACGACCAAAGGAGUUGGCUAUACAACACAAGCAGUUCUGGGGUGACCAGGCUAGGAUACAGUACCUUAGCUCUAAUGUUCUUCCAUCUCAGACACCCGACGUUACCUGAAUGUUCAUUCCCAUCCUUGACAGGUGGAGGUUCUAUAUGUUCAUCAUACUGUAUGAUUACAUCACAAAUUCCCAUUGGAUGAUGCAGUCAAUUUCAUAAUACCAGUGACAACUUUGAUAUACAUUUGUUUACAGUGAUUCUCAUGAGCUACCUUUCAGUCACCAACCUCUGUUUGUUCACACCAGAUAGCAUUCUUGUCUAAGUGUGUACCAUUCCUCGUGAUUAGAGCAUUAGGAUGCUAACUGUCUGUAACAUAAUGAUUCUCCUCAUUGACGGCCAUUUAUUUUUGUUUGUAUUCACGACAGCACCCUCAUCAACCCUGGGAACCAUGUGAAGAUGCAGGAAGGAACCUUGGGGUUCUUCAUCGCCAGCGAUGCCAAAGAAGUUAAAAGGUAGGUACUUGUACAGUUCAUGUAGGUGAAAGUAUCUAAUUGUUUUCUGUAGAAAAGACUCAGAAAGCCUCCAAAUAGAGUUUGACAUCAAAUUAUGUUCAAUUAAUCUUGGACUUACUGAUGGUUGGAUACUAAAAUAUGUCUGGGGUGUUUUCAUAGGGCACUUUUCUACUGCAAAGCUUGUCACGAUGACAUCACAGAUCCCAAAAGGAUAAAGAAAUGUGGAUGCAAACGAUGUAAGUAUUUACUGUUCUUUAAUAACAAUAUUUAUUGAGCGUUGUCUUUAAUGCACAUGCAUAUAUCACUGUGCCUUAGUAUGCUUCGUUAUUUAAAAUAUUUUAACACUGUGUAUACUAUACAUGUACUAUACUAUACUAUAUGUGUACUAUACUAUAUGUGUACUACUAUGUGAAUACUAUAUGUUUACUAUACUACAUGCGUGCUACCCUGGAAAUACUAUAUGUGUACUAUACUAUAUGCUAUACUAUACUAUGUGCUAUACUAUACUAUACAUGUACUAUACUAUAAUAUAUGUGUACUAUACAUGUACUAUACAAUACUAUAUGUGUACUCUACAAUACUAUAUGUGUACUACACUAUACUAUACAUGUAAUAUACUAUACUAUACAUGUACUAUACUAUACUAUAUGUGCACUCUACAAUACUAUGUGUACUAUACUAAAUGGAUACUAUACCAUAUGUGUGCUAUACUAUACUAUAUGUGUACUCUACAAUACUAUAUGUGUACUAUACUAUAUGCAUACUUUACUAUACUAUAUGUGUACUAUACUAUACUAUACAUGUACUAUAUUAUAAUAUAUGUGUACUAUAAUAUACUAUACAGGUACUAUACUAUACUAUAUGUGUACUAUACUAUACAUGUACUAUACUGUAUGUUAACUCUACAAUACUAUAUACAUACCAUAGUAUACUAUACAUGUAAUAUACUAUACUAUACAUGUACUAUACUAUACUAUAUGUGCACUAUACAAUACUAUGUGUACUAUACUAUACUAUAUAUGUACUAUACUAUAUGUGUGCUAUACUAUAUGUGUACUAUACUAUAUGUGUACUAUACUAUACUAUAUGUGCACUAUACUAUAUAUGUACUAUACUAUACUAUACUAUACUAUACUGUGCAUGUACUAUACUAUACUAUACUAUACUAUAGAUGGCUGUUGACAGGAAUUUGUUUACAGUCUAGGUUUAAGCAGAGCUAACAUUAGCAUAAACAUUGGUUGUGUCCCAAAUGGAGCCAUAUUCCCUUUACAGUGCACUACUUUGGGGCGUCGGUCAAAAGAAGUGCGGUAUAUAGGGAAAGGGUGACAUUUGGGACGCUACCAUUGUCUUUACAUGACCUACAUAGCCACUUGUCUAAACCAGUUAAGUCCUUUAUUAAUAAUUCACAGGAUAAAACCCUUUAACCUCUGCAUCUGGAAAGGCCAUAUGAUUACUUUAAAGGGGCAAUCUGCGGUUCUUACAUCCAUUUUUAAAGUAAGAUUUAAAUUGAUAAUAAAUACCCAUUGAUUCUUGAAGAAUAUGACUUAUAGAUGCCUCAUGAGCUUAGUUCAACUGACGUACCCCAUCAGAAACCAAAAUAUAAGCUUGUUUUAUUUAUUUGUUUGUAAAUAAUGUAAAUAUGUAUAGCCUCAAAAUAUCAUUAUAACUAUCAUUAUUAUAUCAUGGAUGGUCAGUCCUUGUAUCCAUAGCUAUGUCCAUGAAUCUGAGAGUAGUUACAUUUCUCCAGCCCCAUCCCUCAACUGGUUACCAAAUCAGAGGCAGGGUGGCCACUUUGUUAUUGUUCGAACUGCAGAUUGCCCCUUUAAACAAGCGGUGAGCGCACAAAUAACCUUCUAUGUUCCAAGACUGGGGUCCCAAAUGGCACCCUAUUUCCUAUAUAGUGCACUACUUUUGACCAGAGCCCCCUAUGGCCCUGGUCAAUAGUAGUGCACUAUAUAGGGAAUAGGGUACCAUUUGGGAUGCACACUUAUUCAUAUUUAAUGUAGCAGUCAAUGUUCUGAUUUAAGAGCAAGAGGAAAAAUGCCACAAAUAGCCUGGUCCCAGAUCUGCCAUGUUUGGCGUGACAAUGAUUAUAGGAGUCGACAAAACAGUACAAACAGAUCUGGGACCAGUCUUGACAGCAACGAAAACAGUGUUACGUUUCUCCUUUCAAGAUUUCAAACAGGCUUAUUCCACAGUGUGCCUAGACUGGAGACGCUUGUCUUAUGUUAUGCAUUAUGUCCAGUCCUAUUGACCCUAACACUUGAUGUAUUCUCUUCCUGCUGCCUUGGAACAUUAAACAAUGUAUAAACGGCUCACUUAUAGUGAUCUAUUGUGAGUGAUAUGGGGACCCUACCAUUCCCCUCCAUAGUACAGUCUGCUGCCUUGAAUUAGAUCUGUUAUUGUUGAAUUUACUGUCCAUGUUGCAUGUGGCGAAGGUCAGUACUGCUGCCUGCCUGCGUCCUUCAUUCAUAUCUCAUGUGGCGAAGGUCAGUACUGCUGCCUGCCUGCAUCCUUCAUUCAUAUCUCAUGUGGUGAAGGUCAAUACUGCUGCCUGCCUGCCUGCAUUUUUCAUUCAUAUCUCAUGUGGUGAAGGUCAAUACUGCUGCCUGCCUGCCUGCAUUUUUCAUUCAUAUCUCAUGUGGUGAAGGUCAAUACUGCUGCCUGCCUGCCUGCAUUUUUCAUUCAUAUCUCAUGUGGUGAAGGUCAAUACUGCUGCCUGCCUGCGUCCUUCAUUCAUAUCUCAUGUGGCGAAGGUCAGUAACUGCUGCCUGCCUGCAUCCUUCAUUCAUAUCUCAUGUGAUGAAGUCAGUACUGCUGCCUGCCUGCGUCUUUCCUUAAAUCAUCUCAUUUGGUGAAGGGUCAGUACUGCUGCCUGCCUGCAUCUUUCAUUCAUAUCUCAUGUGAUGAAGGUCAGUACUGCUGCCUGCAUCCUUCAUUCAUAUCUCAUGUGGUGAAGGUCAAUACUGCUGCCUGCCUGCGUCCUUCAUUCAUAUCUCAUGUGGGGAAGGUCAGUACUGCUGCCUGCCUGCGUCCUUCAUUAAUUUCUCAUGUGGCGAAGGUCAGUACUGCUGCCUGCCUGCGUCCUUCAUUCAUAUCUCAUGUGGGGAAGGUCAAUACUGCUGCCUGCCUGCGUACUUCAUUCAUAUCUCAUGUGGCGAAGGUCAAUACUGCUGCCUGCCUGCGUCUUUCAUUCAUAUCUCAUGUGAUGAAGGUCAGUACUGCUGCCUGCCUGCAUCUUUCAUUAAUAUCUCAUGUGGUGAAGGUCAGUACUGCUGCCUGCCUGCAUCCUUCAUUCAUAUCUCAUGUGAUGAAGGUCAGUACUGCUGCCUGCCUGCGUCUUUCAUUAAUAUCUCAUGUGGUGAAGGUCAGUACUGCUGCCUGCCUGCAUCCUUCAUUCAUAUCUCAUGUGAUGAAGGUCAGUACUGCUGCCUGCCUGCAUCCUUCAUUCAUAUCUCAUGUGGCGAAGGUCAAUACUGCUGCCUGCCUGCGUCCUUCAUUCAUAUCUCAUGUGGGGAAGGUCAGUACUGCUUCCUGCCUGCGUCCUUCAUUAAUUUAUCAUGUGCCGAAGGUCAGUACUGCUGCCUGCCUGCGUCCUUCAUUCAUAUCUCAUGUGGUGAAGGUCAAUACUGCUGCCUGUCUGCGUUUUUCAUUCAUAUCUCAUUUGGCGAAGGUCAGUACUGCUGCCUGCCUGCCUGCAUCCUUCAUUCAUAUCUCAUGUGGCGAAGGUCAGUACUGCUGCCUGCCUGCCUGCAUCCUUCAUUCAUAUCUCAUGUGGCGAAGGUCAGUACUGCUGCCUGCCUGCAUCCUUCAUUCAUAUCUCAUGUGGUGAAGGUCAGUACUGCUGCCUGCCUGCGUCCUUCAUUCAUAUCUCAUGUGGCGAAGGUCAAUACUGCUGCCUGCCUGCGUCCUUCAUUCAUAUCUCAUGUGGCGAAGGUCAAUACUGCUGCCUGCCUGCGUCCUUCAUUCAUAUCUCAUGUGGCAAAGGUCAAUACUGCUGCCUGCCUGCGUCCUUCAUUCAUAUCUCAUGUGGCGAAGGUCAAUACUGCUGCCUGCCUGCGUCCUUCAUUAAUAUCUCAUGUGGCGAAGGUCAAUACUGCUGCCUGUCUGCGUCCUUCAUUCAUAUCUCAUUUGCACGCUUUACUCUCAGGUCAAAGAUAACAUUUAAUACAGUCAAAAACUAAGAUAGAAUGUACCACCCAUAACCCAUAUCUCUGAACUCAAUUUCACUUGAAACAGUUACUGCAGGCUACCACCAGAUGUCCUCCUAACACUUCAACAAUCUGGAUGAGGUUAGAAUAAGUGAAUGGUUAGAUCUCAGCUCUGCUCAAAACAAAUCUAAAGAUACUGUGAAAGCAGCAAACAUUCUUGGAUAUUGUCUUAGUUAUUGGCCUUUAUACAACGGGUGGGUCUAAUCCUGAAUGCUGAUUGGUUAAAACCGCAUUGCAGCCGGUGUCUAUUCCACAAGUUACCACCGGCUAAAUCAAUGACGUUAAAAUACCUAUUUACUCUGUUCCAUCUGACUGCGCAAUCCACUGUCUCAUCAGCCCAGCCAGGCAAUUUAUAAACUUGAUCUCCAAUAUAACAAGCAUCUAGCCAUUAUCUCACAUUUCUUUUAGACUAACAUUUCGUUUUCAACAGCAGAGAUUUUUAUAAACCUUGCUGUCUGUCUCUCUGACAUUUGCAACAUUGUUUCAAUAUUCAAUUUCGAUCUCCAGCUGUCCCAUAGUAAUGAACGUGUCGGGAGUCGGGACGAGACAGACAGGCAGGCAGCGUUUCUCAGCCAAUCGAAAUCAGGCAGCGUUUCUCAGCCAAUCGAAAUCAUGAAUCAGCUGUCAUCAUUUUUUAUGGAUAUAUACAAAGAAAUGCCAAUUGAAAAAAGGUUAAACGAAAUGAAGUGCAGUCAAUUUGCAGUUUAUCCAGUUUCAGUUUGAAGUGAUUGUGUUACUGUAGCUGUGUUGUUGGCUAGCUCCUCUGAACAACAGUGUCCUGACGAGAGAGAACAUUCUCUAUGCCAGGAGAAAUCGCGCCCCAUUAGCCCAUUGUUAUGGAUGUGUCCAAAAAAAAUGUAACUAGAAAACAGCUUAAACAAAUGCAAAUGUGAUCCCCGGGACCACCCAUACACAAAAAAAAUAAAAUAAUGUAUGCACGCAUGACUGUAAGUCGCUUUGGAUAAAAGCGUCUGCUAAAUGGCAUAUUAUUAUUAUUAUUAUUAUUAUUAUUAUAUUAUUAUAGAUACCGCACACUUUUACUUUAUGAAUCCAACAAAAUGAGGACUACUUUACAUACAGUACUAUGAUGGAGUCAAACCAGUCUCAUGCAGCCAGGAGACUGUUGCCCAGUCCCACGCAGCUUUUACAUGUGUCCUUUACUGUAUGUGGCUAAUGUCUCAUCCUGCGGCUACAUCAUGUGAACUUCUCUGAGGAUGGAUGUCGACGUGAGAAAGAUGUAGCAUCACAGGCUUCAGCAUAACAUUGAGAUUUCACAGUGCAGCUUUGCUUGGGGUGACCAAACGCUUACAGCUCAUGUUCGUCACGAAGCCAGCUAACUGUUUUAUUUAAACCUUUAGGCUGCAUAUUGUAUCAUGUGAUAUAACUGUGGUGUAACUGUGAUAUUAUAUCAUGUGAUAUAACUGUGGUGUAACUGUGAUACGGUGGAUCAGUACUAGAGGUAUGAUGCACUACAAUACACCAUGGGUACAGUAACCCAGCCACUCACCUAUCAGAUGGGUACAGUAACCCAGCCACUCACCUAUCAGAUGGGUACAGUAACCCAGCCACUCACCUAUCAGAUGGGUACAGUAACCCAUCUGUUCCUGACAGUCUAUUUCACCUCCUGAGGACAUUUUUCAUCCCUAACUCCUCCCCUUCUACCCACACACAGUCACCUUUGACCCUUUGACAUGUACAUCCUCAAGUCUCAGAAGACAGCUCUACUGACUGAAGAUCCUCCUUUUAUGUGCAUAAGAACACAAGUUAGCGUCAGUGAAUAUUUUCAAACUAAAGCCCACAUUGGGAUUUAGCUACAUUGGUCAGUCUCAGAUUAUAUUAGGGUCUGACUCGGCCCCUGUUCCUUUUUGGUAGCACCCCUUCCAUGUCCCCCCAGGGACUCCCCUCCCAAGUCUCUCCCACCCCUCUCUAGGUUACAGAAUAACUCCCCACCCUCUCUAGUACAGAAUAACCUGCCUCCAUUGCCAUUUCCUGCUAUUCACUCCACCCCUCCUAUCCUCCACCCCAUCCACCCCCCCCCUCCACCCCGCCACACCCUCCACCCUCCAUUCCUCCACCAUCUCCACCACCCCUCCACCCCAUUCCUCCACCCUCCACCCUCCAUCCCUCCAUCCCUCCAUCCCUACCCCUCCCCCACCAUCCUCCACCCAUCCACCUCCUCCCAUCCACCAUUCCUCCUCCACCCCCUCCACCCCUCCACCCCUCCUCCCCAUUCCUCCAUCCCUCCACCCCCAUCCCUCCACCUCCACCCCUCCAUCCCUCCACCCCCUCCAUCCCUCCAACCGUCCCAUGACUGUAGCCAAGAUGUCCGUCUACAAGAGAAUGAUGCUGGCAUGUUGUUUUGAUUGCGGCCGUUCAGAGCGUGACUGCUCUUGCAUGUCAGCCAAUGUGCAUCACCAUAGUAACACGAAGGACACCCUUCAUCAGCGUGGCUUCCCUCUCUCUCCUGUCUCUCUUAAUGAUUGCCCGACCACUUUACAUGCCUGUAAGUUGUCAACGUAUGUGACGCACACAGCGUGUGUCAUCCAUGUUCGUGAUGUGUGUGUGUGUGUGUGUGUGUGUGUGUGUGUGUGUGUGUGUGUAUGCACAUGCAGUACAAAGUCUUUGGCUUGUGUGUGUUUUCUGUGUCGUUUAGAAGGAAUCAGUAGUCUAAAUGUGUGAGUUGUGUUAGCUACUGCCGUGAUUGUUGAUGUUGUUGAUGUUGUUGAUGUUGUUGGAUAUCAGUGUGAUGAUGAUGAUGGUGAUGGUGAUGAUGGUUAUCCAGCAGUGUCUUUGUCCGGCUACUAGUGAAGAUGGUAGUUGUCUUCUAGAGCAUGCUAUGUUAGUCUGGCAUGUGUUUUAUUGCUGUUUUGGUUAUACUUUAAUAGUGUCACAUUAUUUAGUUGGUUAAGGUACAUCUCUUAUAUUAGAAGAAGUGCAGUUUAUUGACCAAAUUCUAUAUUUCUGCUAAUGUUAAGGUGUUUUUAGUGGAUAAUACCAAUUCUGCUUGGCUUUAUUAUUUGGAUGUUAAUAAUAUAAUGUUAUUGUAGUAGGGUUUUAUACUACUGUGGCCUAUGUGGUACCAACCGUAGGACGUUUGCAUUUAUUUACUGGUGACCUGGAUCACUCUCACUCAAUUAGGUGCUCUCAGAUUCAGGGCUGUAAGACAACACAGCUUGCCAAGAAACAAGCCCCUUACUGACAGAAAUACAGACAUGGAGCCGAGAGGGCUUAGUCUCCGAUAACUAAGGCAUUUUUAUAUCUCUCUGAGGUGUCAGAGCAUGACAUCAUCAACCCACACUAGUGUAUGUUGUGUGGCCUGGGAAAAGCAGAAUAUGCUAUGUGUUGUUACAUGUUACUUUGAUAUAAAAAAAAGUCAGUCCACAUUUGUUUAAGCAAACAUAUUUUUUUAAUCAAAAGCAGAUCUGCAGCACAUAGUAUAGUCUCUGGGGCUGUCCUCUCCCCCCAGCUGCAGCAUGUCAUCCAGCCAAGGCUAUUGUGGAUGUGACUAGCUGGCUAGGCGUAGUCUGGCUGCAUGGCUAAGUUAGCAGAGAAUGCGCCAGAGUUCGCUGUCUACACGGCAUGCGGCCGCUGAGAGGAGGGCCUCAUUCGGGCUGACAUGAAAAUUAUGUUUGUAUUUUUCAUUUUUGGAGUGUUACCGGUUGUCAUGAAACUCAGGGUGACAGUUCCUAACCCCCAGGCGGCCCAGAGCCCCCUCUCCUCUCCCCACUCCCUCUCCCCCCCCCCCCUCCCCCCCUCUCUCUUCUCUCUCUCUCUCUCGCUCCAUUUCUCUCUCUCUCUCUCUCUCGCUCUAUCUCUCCCCCCAUCCUUCGGGCGGCAGGUAGCCUAGCGGUUAAGAGCAUUGGGCCAGUAACCAAAAGGUUGCUGGUUAGACUCCCCGAGGCGGCAGGGUGAAAAAAUCUGCCAUUCCUCCCGUGAGCAAGGCAGUUAACCGGGCGUUGUGGACGUCGAUUAAGGCAGUCCCCCGCACCUCUCUGAUUCAGAGGGUUUGGGUUAAAUGUGGAAGACACAUUUCGGUUCACUGCAUUCAGUUGUACGACUGACUAGGUAUCCCCCUCACCCUUCUCUCCCCCUCUUGUUGUGGGACAGAUGCUAGCCUGUUAGUCCUGUGCCGGCCAAUCGCAGGCGACAGAUGCCAGGACCAGCAUGCUCUCUAGUUGAACAUGUCCUCUCAUUAGCUCAAAACCUGACCUUUAUGUUGGACUCUUCAGGGGUCUAAUAGGUAAGGUAUUGAUGAACAUGUUGGACUCUUCAGGGGUCUAAUAGGUAAGGUAUUGAUCAUGUGGAAUCAUGUGGAAUCUGGGAUAUUCCAUCUCUUUUUCAUGGGGAGUAAGGAAAACCUUUCCUUUGUAAAUGUAUUUAGCUAUAGGUCUCUGUCAUGAUGUAUGAAGUACUGUAUAUGCAGUAACUAAAACUACGUUGCACUGUGUCUGUAACAAUAAGAUUGAUCAUUUUAAGUUAACCAUUCAUCAUUUCAGCUUCCUGACCAACAAGGUAUCACAGUCUGACUUCAGUAUUCAACGUUUAUCCGGGGAGGGGGUUUAGCGGGGCAUCUCCCAACGUCCUGGGGACCUGGAAAAUCGUUGAAUACUGAAGUUAAUCUGGUGAGACCUGGCUGUGCUGACAGCAUCACCGCAAGUCAUUGAAACACCCUUAUUGACACCCACAUGAUACCAAUUGUUCUUUUCCAUUGCUUUGUUCCAUAUGGUCUUCAAGGCUCAGUUCAGAAGUGCCUUAAAGAGAUUGAACCCAACAGCGGCUUUAUAACCAACAUUAUAACCUUCCGUUAUAAGCUGUAUUAUCGGGCUGUAUAAUUUGCUCUCAUUGCAACAACCCUGUAACUUCUCAUUGUCUUUGCAUUUUUCUCAGCAAAAAAUAACAUUAACGGAUAUAUCAAAUCAAGUAAGUUUUGAUUUCCAAUGUAUGUUUCUGUUUUUAUAUCUGUUUCUUAAUGUUGUAAACCCUCCUUUCGGUCUCCUGUCCAUUUCCUGCCUCCAUCUUUCUGACUGUGUCUGUCUCCAUAUUUUCCUGUUUGCUUGUCAGCAGAGUUGGGGUCAAUUCAGUUAAAUAAUUAUUUAAGGAAGUAUACUGAAAUUCCAAUUCCAGUUUUUCCUAAAUUUCUAUGAGAAAAAAAAAUCCAUUUGGAAUUUCUGUUUACUUCCUGAAUUGACUGAAUUUAAAUAUAACUGACCUCAGCCCUGCUCGCCAGUCACUGUGUUUCACUGCUCAGUAAUCCCACAUCCCCAACGACUGACAUUGAUAAAGACACUGUCUACUACUGGACUGAACUGUGUGUCUUUGGGAGGGAGGCUAGUGUCUGUCUGAUGUUGCCCUUUGACAAUAAUGACCGUACAGUAGGCUGACGCGGUACAUGAGGCAACUGAACUUUGUAUAUCUUUCAUGAUAACAUUUAAUUUUUUUCACUGAAUUUUUUAUAUCACAGAACUAUGUGUGUUUUUCUGUUUUAUUCCAAUACUUUAUGUUUCAGUAAGUAUUAGUUGUAAUUGGAGCAGUAGGUGCUACUGUAUCUCUGGAUGUUAGAUUUAAGAUCACUGUUGGCCCAGCGUCGUCCAGGGUAGGGGAGGGAACGGCCGGCAGGGAUGUAGCUCAGUUGGUAGAGCACGGCGUUUUGCAACGCCAGGGUUGUGGGUUCGAUUCCCAUGGGGGGGCUCUCACUAACUGUAAGUCGCUCUGGAUAAGAGCGUCUGCUAAAUGACUAAAAUGUAAAAUGUAAUGUUAGAUCAAAGAUCACUGCACCGUAGAGUAAAGCGCUGUCCUUCUCAGAUAACACUUAAUGUCCGGAGAAUGUCAAGAGAACCUGGAAUCAAACGGAUCAGAACCAAUCACCCAGUAAGCCAUUGUAUCACACUAUUCCGUUGUUUUGAAAAAUGUUUAGGUAGAAAAUGACAAAACAUAAUUAUUGAGCAUUAUUUAGGAGGGGUAUAAGAUAGUACAGUUCUUUACGAUUUCACCAUUUUUUUUCCAAGUAGUGGAGGACGAAACAACAUUACUAUAGACCAUCUAGAGUAGAGGGUCUUAGAAAGUCAGCAAAUCUGCCACAAUGUGUUGUCCCUGCAGUAAAGCUGUGCGUGUUUGACGUGGGACAGAUGAGUGCAGGAGGUUUAGGGGACAGAUGAGUGCAGGAGGUUUAGGGGACAGAUGAGUGCAGGAGGUUUAGGGCCGGAACGGUAAUGUUUUAGACAGCUGACCGUUUAAAUAAUCAUCUCUACACACAUUGGCUUCUGAUCCCAGCUAGCUUUGGGAGAAGUGGAAAUAAUUGUUUUCCUCCUGAGGGUAUUGUUAGAUUUUAGUCAUAAUAAUAUUUUUUGGUCUCUUUUUAACACUAGAAAACGAGAUAAGCUAAAACGAAAUAAACAUAUAUUUUGCAGCUUUGAUUAGGGAUUCAAAUAGUUUCAAUUCAUUAGAUUUGUUGUGAUAAAAUAUGUUAAGUUGGUCCUUUUCAGACAUUGGUUGUAAACUUUUGUUAUGUAGUUGUUCUCAUAGUAGAACAAUCAAAGUAACACCUGAAAGCCCUGCUGUUGAUUUAUUCAUGUUUAUUAUGAAUAUCAAAGUAAAUGUAAUAUCUAACAUUUCAUUUAAAGAGUCUACUUCUAGUGGUUAAGUGGUGUUUAAUAACAAUUUGUUUCUUAAUUAUUGAACUAUUAGUAUUCUUAUGCCAUAAAGAAUGAUCCCCUACUUAAAAUAAUGGUGAAUGACACGUCUGUAAAAUAAAAUCUAAAUUCCCACUGAUAUCCGGUCCAUUAUGAAGUAAGUUUAAUUCAACCCCACAGCACCUCAUUUACAGACAGUAUAGACAUCUACGUUUCUUCUCUAUUGCUGAUUUUCAUUAUUCUCUAUCCGGCAGUUAACGACGACCCCUUUAUCAAAAGGUCAACCCAUCAGAACCAGUCUAUUAAAUUGAACCACAGCUCCACGACCAACGGAGCCCACCAUAAAGCAGCAACGCCCAACAGUGGAGUAGUAGUGCCCAUGUGUGGGUCCAGGUCUGGGUCAAUUCCUCUAGUCAACAACCGUAAAGGAAGCCUGCAGUCUUCCAGGCCCUCAGUGUUAAUGCGUAGCCUCCUGGGCUCCAGAGAGCUGGUCCAGGUGACCAGGGGGACCAUGGGGGCCAAGGGGGACCAGGGGGACCAGGGGGGCCAGGGGGGACCAGGGGGGGGACUGGGGGGACCAUGGGGGACCAGGGGGGAACCAGGGGGACCAGGGGGGACCAAGGGGGGACCAGGGGGACCAGGGGGGACCAGGGGGGCCAGUGGGGACCAGGGGGGCCAGGGGGCCAAGGGGGGACCAGGGGCCAGGGGCCAGGGGGACCAGGGGGACCAGGGGGGACCAGGGGGACCAGGGGGACCAGGGGGGGGACCAGGGGGGCCAGGGGGCCAGGGGGACCAGGGGGGACCAGGGGGACCAGGGGGGACCAGGGGGGCCAGGGGGACCAGGGGGCCAGGGGGGCAGGGGGACCAGGGGGCCAAGGGGGACCAGGGGGCCAGGGGGACCAGGGGGACCAAGGGGGCCAGGGGCCAAGGGGCACAAGGGGCCAGGGGGGCCAAGGGGGACCAGGGGGGGACCAGGGCCAGGGGGCAGGGGCCAGGGGGGCCAGGGGGACCAGGGGGACCAGGAGGGACCAGGGGGGCCAGGGGACCACGGGGGCCAGGGAACAGGGUACCAGGACCGGGGCCAGCAGCCGUGCCAGGUGUGGAUACCAGGUGACCACCGGCACAGCCACCCAGACAGGUGGCCACGGGGGGCUCAAUGAGAGUGAGACUCAGGCUAAGGAAGUCCCCCUCGUAAGGCACCUGCUCAAUGAGACGUUGAACAUGUAAGAACCCCCCUCAUGGCGCCGUGCGGCAAGGUGUGGUUAGCUAGGCCCCUGUUCACCACUGGCUAACAACACACAACGCAUGUGUUUGAGACUGUAGCUGGGGGGCCAGUAUGAAAAAUGUAUGCACUCACUAACUGGAAGUCGCUCUGGAUAAGAGCAUCUGCUAAAUGACUAAAAUGUAAAUGUGAAAUGAGAUGCAAGCCCCCCCUCGCCUUGAACCUCUUUGCGGCUCAACAAUACUAGCUAUCGUCACAACACGUCUGUGACUGAGGCUGAGGCUGCUUCUAGGAGGGAGUGGAGUACAGUAAGCCCCCCCUUACUACACCCUGCUCGACAUUACCACAACUGAGACAGAGGCUGUAUUGCCGGGGUGGAAUGGGUUGCAUGUGUAGCAUUCCUUACUAAUGAUCCAGUUUGUGUAGCUGUCAGCUGGGAGCUAUUAAAUAUUGAACACACUGACUGAGGAAGAUGUGAAGAAACGACCAGCCAUCUCCAGCAGUGUGUGUGUGUGUGUGUGUGUGUGUGAGUGUGUGUGUGUGUGUGUGUGUGUGUGUGUGUGUGUGUGUGUGUGGUGUGUUGGUGGUGCGUGGUGGUGGUUGGUGGUGGUGGUGUGGUGCGUGCGUGCGUGAGUGAGUGGUGGUGCGUGGUGCGUGCGUGUGUGUGUGGUGGUGUGUGUGUGUGUGUGUGUGUGGUGGUGUGUGUGUGUGUGUGUGGUGUGUGUGUGUGUGUGUGUGUGUGUGUGUGUGUGUGUGUGUGUGUGUGUGUGUGUGUGGUGUGUGUGUUGGUGGUGGUGCGUGCGUGCGUGCGUGCGUGCGUGCGUGCGUGCGUGCGUGCUGUGCGUGCGUGCGUGAGGACACUGCCUGACCUUGUGUGUUUUGUGUGUGUGUGUGUGUGUGGUGUGUGUGUGUGUGUGUGUUUGUGUGUGUGUUGGUUGCGUGCAGUGCGUGGUGGCGUGCGUGGUGCGACGUGCGUGCGUGCGUGCGUGCGUGUCGUGCGUGCGUGCGUGCAGUGUGUGUGGUGGGUGUGUGUGUGUGUUGUGUGUGUGUGUGUGUGUGUGUGCUGCGUGCGUGCGUGCGUGCGUGCGUGCGUGCGUGCGUGCGUGCGUGCGUGCGUGCGUGCGUGUGUGUGUGCGUGCGUGAGCAGCACCACACUCCACUGAAAGACCCUUCCACUGCUUCACUACUGUCUCCAUUAUCCUGUCAUAGAUAAAACAGUCCAGCACCCAUCUGAGGACCAGCAUAUUUCACCUUUAUUCAUUUUAAUGUAUGAGUUACAUUCUAGUUUCGGGUUGAAACACCUCGUGUCGUGUCGACGGUCUGAAACAUCAUUUAAAACCACUUAAGCUGCCUCUACUGAUUUUUUGUCUAUCUGUGUCCCAAAUGGCACCCUAUUUCCCUAGUGCAGUACGGACCUGGUCCAUAUGGAACAGGGUGCCAUUUGGGACACAGUCCUGGUUUUGUAUAUCUAUCUCGUUAGAAGUCAACAUGGCUGCUAACAUGUUUAGUCGUGCGUUAAAGAUAUAUGACUGAUAAAGCGCUAAAAUCUAGUGAGAGGCUUUUAGUAAACAGGAUUAGUUCAAAGCUGUCAACUAGCUGUUUUUCUUUGUUUUCACUUUCACUCAACAGAGGAGAUGUUCUUUCUUCUUCUUUUACAUGCAUACAUGUGAUAUCAGCUAGCGUAAAGAAUUUGCCUGAUACAUUUUCGCUCGAGGGGCGAAACUUGUCAUUAUUUUUUUCUGCGAAGAGAAGAGCCUGGGUCGGUGGGUUUCAUGUAGUGGUAAAGACAAUGUCCGAGGGGCAGCUGAGCUGUGGAUAAAUCCUAGUGGCACUCAGACCAAUCUAAUUACAUGAGCCGAGGGCAUCGGCAGUCAGUGUCAUUAGGCCCCGAGACGACAGGAAACUAAAGACCAGCCAUCUCCGAUGCGUUCAGACAUUGGAACAAAGGGGCCAUAUUUAUGAUGUCAUCUCCGUGAUAUUUAUGCUUUAUUAUCUUAAUUAGAUGAACGUUGUGAGAGAUUUGCAUAGCCAGCAGUAGAAGCAUCUUAAAGUAACUACCCAUUGUUUCCAGAUUUCUAUGAAAUAUGACCUAUAAUUACUUACAAUAUGAGUAAAAUAGUUUUCCUUCAAAACAUUGUUAAUCUGGUUUGUUAAAAGCAGCUUUUCUGUGUUGGAAUGGUGUGGGCGUACCCCAACAACAGAAUGGUGUGGGCCUGUAGCGGUCAUAAAAAAUAUUCAUGUGAGUAGAGUGCUGAUUGGCCAGCUCAUCCUCCUCUAGACAGCUGAUUGGCCAGCUCAUCCACCUCAGAGAAAUGACAUCAUGUUCUAUGAGGAAAUAGCGUGCCUUUUUAAAAUGAUCUGUUUGAGAUACAAGUUUGAGAUGGGGUUAUUGAAGUGUUCUUUCUCCAAUUUAUGCUUUGGCCACAAAUACCCUUAUAGGACGAGUCAACAACAUUAUUUGGAAAUGAGUUAACGUAAUAUGAACUUUUUAAAAUGUGAUUUUCACUGGGCAGUUCCUUUAAGUGUUUCUAAUGUAAUGAUUUAAUAGGACAUGGACAUAUGGCAUUGUUUUUAUUAGAUUAGCAUACUGGGUUAACGCAUGUGUCACAGUCAGCCACACACACUGGUUUGAGGAUGAUUGCAAUUUGUAGACACUACGGUUCAAAAGUUUGGGGUCACUUAGAAAUGUCCUUGUUUUCGAAAGAAAAGCACUUUUUUUGUCCAUUAAAAUAACAUCAAAUUAAGCAGAAAUACAGUGUAGACAUUGUUAAUGUUGUAAAUGGCUGUUGUAGCUGGAAACGGCUGAUUUUUUUUAAUGGAAUAUCUACAUAGGUGUACAGAGGCCCAUUAUCAGCAACCAUCAGUCCUGUGUUCCAAUGGCACGUUGUGUUUGCUAAUCCAAGUUUAUCAUUUUAAAAGGCUAAUUGAUCAUUAGAAAACCCUUUUUGCAAUAAUGUUAGCACAGCUGAAAACUGUUGUGCUGAUUAAAGAAGCAAUAAAACUGGCCUUCUUGAGACUAGUUGAGUAUUCCUCUGGAGCAUCAGCAAUUGUGGGUCCGAUUACAGAAUCAAAAUGGCCAGAAACAAAGAACUUUCUUCUUAAACUCGUCAGUCUAUUCUUGUUCUGAGAAAUGAAGGCUAUUCCAUGCGAGAAAUUGCCAAGAAACUGAAGAUCUUGUACAAUGCUGUCUACUACUUCCUUCACCAGAAUAGAAAGAGGAGUGGGAGGCCCGGUGCACAACUGAGCAAGAGGACAAAUACAAUAGAGUGUCUAGUUUGAGAAACAGACGCCUCACAGGUCCUCAACUGGCAGCUUCAUUAAAUAGUACCCGCAAAACACCAGUCUCAACGUCAACAGUGAAGAGGCGACUCUGGGAUGCUGACCUUCUAGGCAGAGUUACAAACAAAAAGCCAUAUCUCAGACUGGCCAAUAAAAAGAAAAUAUUAAGAUGGGCAAAAGAAGGGGGACCAGGGCGACCAGGGGGACCAGGGGCAACCAGGGGGGACCAGGGCGACCAGGGGGUCCAGAUUGGAAAAAAGUGUUAAGGACAAACGAAUCGAAGUUUGAGGUGCUCAGAUCACAAAGAAGAACAUUUGUGAGACGCAGACCAAAUGAAAAGAUGCUGGAGGAGUGCUUGAUGCCAUCUGUCAAGCAUGGUGGAGGCAAUGUGAUGGUCUGGGGGUACUUUGGUGGUGGUAAAGUGGGAGAUUUGUACAGGGUAAAAGGGAUAUUGAAGAAGGAAGGCUAUCACUCCAUUUUGCAACGCCAUGCCAUACCCUGUGGACGGUGCUUGAUUGGAGCCAAUUUCCUCCUACAACAGGACAAUGACCCAAAGCACAGCUCCAAACUAUGCAAUAACUAUUUAGGGAAGAAGUAGUCAGCUGGUAUUCUGUCUAUAAUGGAGCGGCCAGCACAGUCACCGGAUCUCAACCCUAUUGAGCUGUUGUGGGAGCAGCUUGACCGUAUGGUACGUAAGAAGUGCCCAUCAAGCCAAUCCAACUUGUGGGAGGUGCUUCAGGAAGCAUGGGGUGAAAUCUCUUCAGAUUGCCUCAACAAAUUGACAACUAGAAUGCCAAAGGUCUGCAAGGCUGUAAUUGCUGCAAAUGGAGGAUUCUUUGACGAAAGCAAAGUUUGAAGGACACAAUUAUUAUUAUCAUUAUUUCUAUUUCUAACCUUGUCAAUGACUACAUUUCCUCUGCAUUUUGCUAUAUUUCCUAUUCAAACUCAUUUCAUGGAUGUUUUCAUGGAAAACAAGGACAUUUCUAAGUGACCCCAAACUUUUGAACGGUAGUGUAUAUAAAACCUGAACAGAUAUAUACAGUAUUAGGUUAGAAACUGAAAAAAGAUGGUAGCAUUUGUAAUUGCCAUUUAAAUGUGGGCUUGGUUUUAGUGUGAUGUUACAGUACAGGACUGUAUUUUCGUCAUAGAAUAUUAUACGCACAGUAUGCAGGAUACAGUAAGAGAUUCAAUUAGCACUUACCAAAGUUGAACACUAAGUCAGUUUGACAGCAAGUCAGUUUGACAGUAAAUCCGUUUUACACUAAGUCAGAUAUACAUUAAGUCAGUUUUACAGUAAGUCAGUUUUACAGUAAGUCCAUUUUACAGUAAGUCCGUUUUACAGUAAAUCAAUGGUACGUUAAAUGAGAAGCACGAUGGUGAUGGCACUGCAGCAUGUUGCAUCAUUACGUUUACGCUAAUGCAGACAAAAUGUUCACAUGCAUUUUUAUUGAGUUGCAUUUUGGGGGAUUUGCCAGGUUGUAGUACUGUAUCACGCAUUGCAUCCGUCCCGUCCUUACCCCACCUCACCCCUUCCUCACCCUGUAGUCUCCUGUUCCUGAUUCUAACCUGUCUUGCCUCUUUGCUUUGGAAAGCUUCUCUGACUUUUGAAAUGAUUGUGCUGUGUUGUCUUGGUCUACUAACAUACUUACAGUACAUUUGUAAGACUUUACUGUAUGUGAUCUCGGCCAUUCCAUUGCUCCUCACACUCUCUCGCCUGUGAUUACAGUCGAAGAGGAACAGCAGUCAGCUGUGUCGCCUAAAAAGAAACAACGCAACGGAAACACGAGGAACUCACCCAACGGUUCACCCAAAAUGA